AUGCAGUGAGUUGAAAUACUAACAUUUAUAGAAGAGAAGGACUAUAGGGGGUGUCAAUUUUUAAACUGGGGAAAUGUUCAGGUAUUUUACUCAUUGAAUUUUAUUUGCUGAACCAGUGUGUUGUACUAGGAGAGCCAGUGUAGUGUAGUCGUUAGAGCCCUGGACUAUGAGCUGGGAGACAUGGGUUCAAAUCCUCACUUGACCAUUAAGUUCACUGGGUGGUCUUUGGUCAGCUGUGAAAAGGUGGGAUAUAAAUGCAGUAAAUAAAUACUAUCAGUCCUAGCUAGAAUGUCCAGUGGUCAGGGGUGAUGGGAGCCCAUGGCAUCUGGAGGGCUGUAGUUCCCCAUCCCUAGCUUAAGAAAACCUACUAUGAAAAGCUUUCCCAAAUCUCUAACAUAGUUUAAUAUUACUGAGCAUUCAGGAAACUAAAACAACAGCACACAUUAUUAAAAUACAUAAUGGUGCCUUUAAUACAAAUUACUAAUAAAUAUAUACUUACAUCAGUACCUCCCCCUUCUGACACACCUCCCCACCCAGGACUGACUGCCUCUCACCCACUGCCCAAACAAACUCACAGAUCCCGCCCCCCGAAUUUUACAACAAAGAGGAGUUCUAGAAGCUGCUGACAUCACCCUAGUCUCUCACUCUCGGUUUGCUUUCAUGGAGAGGCAAGCAUCCUUGGGCUGCCCACAGCACUCAAAUCAGCCAUACAACACACACCAAUCCCAGGCUACAGCACAUCUGGUUUAGUGAGUUUUCCAAGGAGUCCAAAGGAUGGCACUCACAGCUCUUUCUCUGGCCUUUGUACAUAAUCUCUUUUCUGGCUGCUUUGCUGUCCCUACAGCAGGGGUUGCUUUUUCACAUCUAUGGUAUUAAAGUGAUAAUUAGUUGUGUUGAUCCCCAAAAGCUAGGGGUACAAAACAAGCAUAGCAUCUAUUUGUGUCUAGUACAGGUCCUCAGGAUUUGACCCUACUUCUGCACAUAGCUCCCUUCGGAAUGAACUUUUGAUGACACAAUCUGUAAAGCUGCAUGCUUAGACAUAAACCAAAUGAAGCUGAUUUGGAAUAUUCAGUACAGACCUUCUGGAAGACUACUGCUUUAAGAUUUCUGUAUACCAGAGCUAUUGGAUAAGAUUUUAAAGACAGAACUACCUUUUACCAGAAAAGCUCACUACACCAUAUUGUCAAUGAAAGAGCAGAACGUGAGUUGAAAUUUUUAAGCAGCCUUCAGCUCAAGAACUCAGAAACAUUAGAGCAUACACAAGCAUCACAUUUUUCUCCUCUGUGAGUAUAUGGUUCCCCCCCCCCUUUACUUACCUCACUUUCCUCUGGUGAAUGAGGUAAUCUCUACAUUAUAAAUUUGUAAAGGCCUUUAGGAGCCUCUGAUAUGCAAGAUGCUUGAUAAGUAGAAGGUAAUAAUGUUUCACUUUGGACUUUUGCCUUCCUGGAUAAGUGAGCUGUUUCAGAGUGUAUGGUACUCCUUUUUACACAGCUCCAAGUUGCGCAUAAAUAUUGUGAUCCAGGUAAAUUAAUGUGGAUUUUUUCCUAGGCUAGGCUAGGCUAGGCAUGUGUUUGUAUUUAGGUCUCUGCUAUGGGGUACCCUUUAUGGGGGCCAUGACCUCCGAUCGCAUUAUAGUUCUUGUGACUUAAUGUAAGUACUUUUUAUAUCAAGUACCUAUAAUAUUCCCAUAUAAUCAAUGAGACUUUAGAGUGUUUGGACAUGCCUGGAUCACAAUAAUUUUUACAUUAGCACUAGUGAUAGACAGUCCACAGAACCCCAAGUUCAACACGUAGUUAAUUAGUUUUUCUCCACCAUUCUUGGAGACACAGAAUGUUGGUUGUCCAAGUCUCACCGCAAUACGUGCCUUCUUUAAGGGAGGACCCGAUUUCUCAUUUUUCCAGUUUUAAGUUCAGAUCUCCACAUUUUGUAGCAAUUUGCUUUUUUUAAAAAAAAAAAACUUUCAAAAAUUCACCAGCGUUUUAGUGUGAUUUUUUCCUAGUAAGCAUAUAUUUAUAUGCAAUUUUGGCUAAUGAGCAUUAUUGAAAGCAAUUUUCUCUUAUAGUUAAUGUAUGUGGUGAAUGUAAUGCAAGCUGGACUCAAACUUCAGAAGCUGUUUCGGCUUGGCUCAUAUUAGAGGCAGAAUUUCCAAACUGAGAUAUUUUGGCACCUGAGCUCCCCUAAUUCUGAAUCUGUUAUAUCACUGAUUUGAAUGCCGCACAUUUUUUUAGUAUAUGUCAUAUAAGACAAGACUGAUUAAUUUAGUUAUGGUAAUGCAUUUUUGUCUGUAUAAAGGUUUUAGCCAGAAAGUGGGGUCAUGACUUUCAUUUUUUUAUGAAUAUUGCUUCCAAAUAAUUACUUCUGACAUCUGCCACUCCUGUCCCUCACUGUUACAGUGAACAUGUGGAAUUUUUAGCAUUAAAAUGAGACUGUGGGCUGUGAAAUAAGGCAUCAACCUGCCCUCAACUGAUCAGUAGUGCUGAAGCCACUUGUUAAAUUGUUUAAAUGUGAAUCUUUUAUAUAUUAAGAGAAACCAGGAAAAGGCCCUAUCCUUGCACUGGAAAUUGCUAAGAUACGGACUGUGAGGGUGACUACUGAGAUAUUUGCAGUCUGUGAAUUACCACUGGAAUAUGAAACAAUUCACAAGCACAGAAAGCAAAGAUCUCUUUUUGCUCAUCUGUCUUAUUUUAUAAAAUAUAGCUACACAUGUCACCAGACAUUUGCUUAAUUUCUCGCUUAAUUGGGUAAAAAAGAAUAAAAUGUAUUCCACAAAUUCCACAGCUGUGUCUCAGGGGUGUGCUGUCUGGCUUCUCUGGUGUUUGUCCAGGCAGCUCGGCAGAGGCAGUACAUGAAACAGAAAAAUCAGGCAAGAUUUGCUUUGACAUGUUGCUGCUGAUCCCACCCGUCUCAGAAGCACAAUAAUGGAUCAAUCUUAGGAACACUCCCAGUAAGUCUGGUUCAGUCUCCACUCUAGUGAAAUGGGUCAAGGGCAAGAAAAAAGUUUCACAGGUAUAAAAUGAAGGGCAAAAAUGUAAAGGAACACUGUAAUUAUUUUCACAAUGGACUGGUGUUGUUUAUAGGAAUCUGUUUGGUGACUCAGCUUAUUAGGAUAGGCUUUGCAUAGCUUUCAAAGCACUGGUGCUCACAUACUUGCCUUCUUCCUAAUAUGCACCUGAAGUUACCAAUUAUAUUGCUUUUUUGUUAAACACUUCCAUAAAUUUGGGUAGCGCAAGUGCUAAUUCUCACUAACCCCACAGAAAGAUCAUUUGUAAUAAUAAUAAUAAGAAUUUAUUAUUUAUACCCCGCCCAUCUGGCUGGGCUUCCCCAGCCACUCUGGGCAGCUUCCAAAAAAAUAUUAAAAUACUGUAAUACAUCAAACAUUAAAAGCUCCCCUAAACAGGGCUGCCUUCAGAUGUCUUCUAAAAGUCUGGUAGUUGUUGUUCUCUUUGACAUCUGGUGGGAGGGUGUUCCACAGGGAGGGCGCCACUACCGAGAAGGCCCUCUGUAUUUGCAUUGUACAUAAUUUCUCAGUUUAAAAAACAACAAACCCAAAUCCAAUUCUGUCCAUGCGAACCUAUAGAUUCUGUAGAAUCUAUAAUGAAUCUGCAAAUGGAAAGCUCUUGAGAUUUAUUUUUAAGGGCUAGGAUAUGGCACCAUCAGUCAGGGUCACAUCAGCUGUGCUAAAUCUCCUACGGUGACCAUAUACUUCAGAUGCAGCUCUUAUAUCUUGUGACACAAAACAAUCAAAUGAAUAUGGAUCUAUUGUUUACCUGAAUUGCUGGUGCCUUUAUUGACUUUUCCUAUAAAAAUGUGGUGAUCAGUACAGUUCUGCCAUCUGACUGAGGAAUGUGGUACCUCUGGUCUGUGAAUACUAACACUGAAAUUCAGGCAUGCUGAGUUGCCUCCAACAUGCCACCCCAACCCAGCCAGGCUGACUCUGCCUGCCAGCCCCCACCUCCUCACCGCCAGCUUCCUUACCUUCACUGCAUUCCUGGUGGAGGACAUGCCAGCACAUGGAAAUUUUUUUGGGGGGGCGGAAUCCUUGAAAAUAUGGGGGCUGGCCCCCAUGGCCCCCCAUAGAUGGCACCAGUGCUGGAAUUAAACUUGCAUAGAACACAUAUUUGAAUAUGGGGUACUUGUACUAAUGUCAAUAUACUCCUUCAAUGGUACGUACAGAAACCUUUCAGCUGAAUACUUCAGGCCUAUUCAAAUUAUUAACCCUUGAAGAAGCAAUAGGGAGUUAGAGGUAAUGAAGAAAGUGUAUGAAAUAAUAAUAAUAAUAAUAAUAAUAAUAAUGCCAUUGUUUAAAUGAAAACAAAACUAAUGACCUGGCUGGCUAGAGAGAAAGCCCCUCUCUGCUUGUAAGAAAUAGUGCCAUCAUAACAUAGCAUCAAAAUCAAAAGUGGAAAUUGAUGCACUGAUUCAGAUUCCUUUAAUAAUUUAUUACUUGUCUAUAUAUCUCUGGUGGAUUCAUUACAGGAAUGAAUAUGAUUCCCUUUGUUAGAAGAGGAAGCCUACGUGAACAUCAUAAUUUGUACAUAAUAUUUUAUUCAGAAAGUACCAUAAUGUGAUUGUGUAAUUCCAAGUCAACAGAAGAAUUAGCCUGUGGUAAACAACGGGGCUAUCAGGUGAAAGCCUUUGUAAAUGUAUCCUUGGAGUGUAUGCAUUCUCAGGGAUUAUGCAAGCGUUCUUUAGUAUUACACUGCCAGGUAAAAUGCUAUACCUACUGCUAAAGAAAUCAAUUUCCUAGCCACAUGGUUCUGAGGUCACCAUGUCUUUUGCUUCAAUGAUAAGUCACCAGGAAUUAUGGAUUUCCAAUGCCAGUGUUGAUAGCUGCAAUGUUCAAGAUGGCAAAAAAAUACAAUACAUUGUAUCCAUUCAUAAAAGCAUCCUCCAAACUGAUCACAACAUUAGAUAAUUACAACAGACAACAUGGUUGGCUAUCAGAUGACACCAAAAAAUCACUAGCAGAGCAAACCUAUACUCACGUUACGCUGAGAUCAGAGAUACACCACUGUUAUGCUGUAGAAUGACAUGUCCAAUACUGGAAGUAAGGCUUUUGUGGGGGGCGGGAACCAUAUACUGCCAUAUCUUUGCCAGUAGAAUGGCUCUGACCCUGGCUUGUUCCACCAGCAUGUCUGGUGUUCAGGUGAUGUAUCUGGCAUGGUGGUUGCAUAUCAGGUGUUUGUCCAUUGUAGUAGUGUUUAUGCUGCAAACAUUUAGUUGUUCAGCUGGAGAAUCUUGAUUAUAGAAUUGCAUCCUAAAGCUCUUCUGCAGUUUCAACAAAUAGCAGUUUGGCUUAUCUUAAGGCAAAGGUAAAGGGACCCCUGACUGUUAGGUCCAGUCGUGACCGACUCUGGGGUUGUGGCGCUCAUCUCGCUUUAUUGGCCGAGGGAGCCGACGUACAGCUUCUGGGUCAUGUGGCCAGCAUGACUAAGCCGCUUCUGGCGAACCAGAGUAGUGCACUGAAAUGCCGUUUACCUUCCUGCCGGAGCGGUACCUAUUUAUCUACUUGCACUUUGACGUACUUUCGAACUGCUAGGUAGGCAGGAGCAGGGACUGAGCAACAGGAACUCACCCCAUCACAGGGAUUCGAACCACCGACCUUCUGAUCGGCAAGCCCUAGGCUCUGUGGUUUAACCCACAGCGUCACCCGUGUCCUCUUGGCUUAUCUUACCCCCCAUUAUAUGAAUGCUAAAAGACCAAUAAGGAUUAUAAACCCCACAUUAUUAUUGGGGUGCAUAUGGCAGCUGAGACUGAAAAAUAGUGCCUUGCCUAAGGUUAUCAGGUGAGCUCACACAUGCACCCUACUUUUUCUCCCCACAAAGAUACUUGUUUAUUUAGCAUGCAUAUAUACCUUGUUUGUAGGCUCUUUAAUUGCCUAGACUAGAGCAAUUUUCACGCAGUGUGUGGAACCAGAGACUUGGUUUAAAAUAUAGGGGCUCCUGACUUAUGAAAGGUUCAGUGCCUUCUCUAGGUUGGACAAGAAAGACCCUUCUCUGAAAUUAUGGAGAGAUAUUCCCCAUGCAGACACAACAAAGUUAUAUGGACCAAUGGUCAAACUUAUUAUAAGGUGAUUUAUAAUGUUAGAUUUUCAAGGAAGGGGACAAUGGCCACUGCUCUCCUUCUUUAAUGGAAUCUUUGAUGCAACUUUCAGAGGCAAAUAAAAUGCUACAUAUACAUUGGGCAUCAAGAUUUAUUUGAACCAAAAGAUAGCCUCCAAAAGCUAAUGACAAUUUCAAGCCAAAUAUGUAUGUUUUCCCCAUUAAAAAUAUGAGAAAAAUGUAGAAGGGGAUUUUCAGAUAAUAUCCAUGGACCUUAUACAUAUAUCUGAUUCUAUGAAUUACAUGCCCUUAAAAAAAUUGCCCUAAAAUAUGUGUACAUUAUUCAACAAUUCCUCAUGAUGAUGUGACAGUCUGGGAACUGGAUCUGGGUGGACUUUGCGGUUUCUAUCUGUAUUACAUUUCAACCUUGUUUAAGCAAACUAUGUGCUGCAAUGUUUCUUGAUGCAUUCCAGAACUGUAGGAGAGGAAUCCAUAUUGGCAUCUUGUCAAUCUCAUUGCAUUGUAGUUUGAACACUUGGGUCAUGUAGAUAUAAAACUGUUGUUUGCCUCUCUUGAAGAAAACGAGUUAGUUAUACUAUGGUCAUGUGGAAGAGUGACUUCUUUUUCCAGUUCUCUAAUCCAGUCCUUUCUUGGGCUCCAUGAUCACUGCAGAUGGUGACAGCAGUCACGAAAUUAAAAGACGCCUGCUCCUUGAGAGAAAGGCGAUGGCAAACCUAGACAGCAUCUUAAAAAGCAGAGACAUCACCUUGCCAACAAAGGUCCGUAUAGUUAAAGCCAUGGUUUUCCCAGUAGUGAUGUAUGGAAGUGAGAGCUGGACCAUAAAGAAGGCUGAUCGCCAAAGAAUUGAUGCUUUUGAAUUAUGGUGCUGGAGGAGACUCUUGAGAGUCCCAUGGACUGCAAGAAGAUCAGACGCAUCCAUUCUUAAGGAAAUUAGCCCUGAGUGCUCACUGGAAGGACAGAUCGUGAAGCUGAGCCUCCAGUACUUUGGCCACCUCAUGAGAAGAGAAGACUCCCUGGAAAAGACCCUGAUGUUGGGGAAGAUGGAGGGCACAAGGAGAAGGGGACGACAGAGGACAAGAUGGUUGGACAGUGUUCUCAAAGCUACAAACAUGAAUCUGACCAAACUGCAGGAGGCAGUGGAAGACAGGAGUGCCUGGCGUGCUCUGGUCCAUGGGGUCACGAAGAGUCGGACACGACUAAACGACUAAACAACAACAACAACCCAGUCCUAGCACAAGAUCCAGUCCUAGCACAUCCAGUCCUACCUCUCUGAGGUAGGUGGGGGCACUUCUCCUCUCCCUGCUGCAGCCUGCCCACCCUCUCUUUUCAUGAUGCCAGAAGUGUCUCCCCUUCACCCUUCACCCCCUCACUUACUUUAAAAAAACUUUUUUCAUAGUUAUCACAUUAACAGCAGUGCUCACAAUUUCUCUCCCACAGCAAAAAAUGGUGCUAUGACAAGCUGCCGUGGUGGCCCAGGUACUCUCCUCUUCACCUCACUCUGAAGGAUGUCCUUGGCCCUUCAGAGCAAGUGGAGGAAUUGAGAAAGAGUCUUGCCUCAUCAAGUGGCUGGCUAAGCAGGUAGGCAUAUGCUGAGGCAAAUGGGGGGCUCUGGAUGCCCAUUUGUUGUUCUCCCACCCCCACCUGAGACAAUGGUCUCAUUUAGCCUCUGCUUUAGUUUGGCCUUGUCAGUGGUUCUUCUCAAGCUACUCCACUAACAUCUAGAUCCAGGAACCUGAAUGCAGACCUAUCAACGUGUUCCCUUUCCUUCUGAAUAUUGUUCUCCUCCCUCCUUUCAUGGGAGGAGGAAAGCACUCUGGAAAUUGUAGCUCUGCAGAGGGAAUAGAGACCUCCUAAUAACUAUCAGCACCCUUAAUAAAACUACUGUUCACAGGAUUAUUUGGGGAAAUACAGUGCUUUAAAUGUAAGGUGUGGAUGUGGCCUAUUCAUAGACAAGCAUAGAUUCUCCUGCUCCUUUAAAAAGAAAAUAUAUUCUGAUCUAAUAAUCUAGAAUUUGAAGGAACAUUCUGUUGCUACUGAUACUCAUUCAGCUGAGCCAAACUUUAGAAUUCAAGUCUAUAGGUUUCCUGUAAAUGUACAGUCUUAGAACUGGCAGAAAUCUGAACUCAUUUUAAAGAAAAAGGAUGGUUUAUUGAUCCUUUCCCCUUGAAAAGAUACCUUUUGACAACAUAAACAUAUUGAUAUGGCUGAAAGCUAAGAAUUGAUUCUUUAUUAAGAUUGUGAAUCCUCUACUCUAUAUAAUGGAGUAAUGCUAGCUUUUAGGAUCCAUGAACUAUCCUACAGGUGCUUUCUGGAGAAUCCCAAAACAAAAAUACUCCAGGUCAGUGACAGAGAACCUGUGGCCCUUUGAAUGUUAUUCGACUACAACUCCCAUCAUCAUCACCAUUGGUCAUGCUGGCUGGAGCUGAUGGGAACUGCAGACCAACAACAUCUGCAGAGCCACAGGUUACCACACAAAUAUCAAACUAUUCCAGUUUAUUGCUAUCUAUGGUCUUAUUUUCAUUCAUAUUCAGCUUCAUGAAUCAGCAAUAGGCUGGUCACUUUUUCUUGCCAGUGUGACUACAAAAGUGGAAGCUUGAUUUGCACUUGAAAAAUCCUUGUAUAACAUUGAGGCCUCUCAGUCUAGAGUGGGUCCUGGCCCAAGUUCUGUCACAACCGCAACUAACCAGGCUGCUAGGCCAGUUUGGUAACCCAUUCCAUGCAGAAGUCUGUUGGUCAUUAUUCAUUGGUCCUGCAGCCAAGAUUGGUGGUAGAUUAUAGUCUUUGUGGCUAAUAGCCAUCAAUAGCCUUCUGUACGACUGGAAUGUCCAAUGGACAUAUUGAGUCAUGCUUGGAGGCUCAAACUGGAGAUUAAUAUUUUCAACUAGGGUUCUUAGGUAGCUAAUUUCAGCUGUGUGGUUCCAAGAAAAGCACCAAAUGUCAUAAGAUUCAUGACAGAACGUUCCUUAAAAUUGUAGCAGUUUACACUGACAAACAUGUUGGGAACAUAAAUAAAUAAAUAAAUAAUCUGUGCAUGAACUGUUGAGGAAGACUUUUUUAAAUCUAAAAAACCCAAAUUCAAUAUCUCAACAGACUUUUCAUGAUUAAAUUAGUAAUGUACAAGAGGCUAAGACAGACUAUGAUUCAUUGAGGUAUAUUCUUAUUAACUUACAGAAAUUCAAGUUAACUUGCACUGCCUCUUCUUAACCAGAACAUUUUUAGCUAGCCAACAAAUUAUUUGAUUUCCUCCUUGUGUAAAAAUGCCUGCAGCUUCCUUUUGAACUGAUUAAUUGUGUGCGCAUCUACACAUUUAUUUAAUUAUGUGUAAAGCGAUCCCACUUAUUUCUGAUAUUUGAAUCGGCUUACACAACUUUUUCUGGUAGUAUGGCGAGAUGUGAUGGGCCACUGAUACAAUCAUAUCUGAGUGCCCUUUCAAUGCUGCAGAGAUCAAGCUGCACUUGACCUGCAGGCAAUGAAACAGACAUAGGAUUUCUUGUGAAGGUGACCAUAUGCUAGAGCACACAGUCAUCCCUAGUGCAUGAUGGUGAAGGCAGCUUUUCGGCCUCACAAGUAGCCAUCCAACAGAGUUUUUUGGGCAGCCCAGAAAUUAUUGACAUAAUUUCAGCACAUGGUACUGUACAACCCUCAGAGGCCUGCUAUGACAAAAUUGCAUUGUAUUAUGGGGUGAGUCAGUGCUAUUUUACAUCAAUAUGAAGUAAUUGGGUUGCAGUCUUUAGGAGAUUUGGAGCAUUGUAUUCUCAACAUGCUGAUGUUGCCCAGCUCUUUUCCGUGGUUAUGUCUGAAUCAGAUGAGCCUGUAUAGACCAUGAACCAGUGUCUGGAUGCAAUAACGGGCUGGAUGAAGGCCAAUCAACUGAAAUUGAAUCCUGGCUAGACAGAGGUGUUUCUAAAGUCUGGGAGCUGAGUUGCAUGCCUGUCCUGAAUGGUGUUGCAGUCCCGAGGAACAUACACACAGUAUGGGAGUGCUCCUUGAUUUGUCUUUGUUCCUGGAAGUCCCAAUACCUUUUACCAGCUUUGGCUUGCACACCACUUGUAUUCAUACCUGGAGUGAAAAAGCCUGGCCAUGUGAUCCACACACUGGUAACUUCUAGAAUGGACUACUGUGAGGCUUCCCUGAAGGGUGAUCUGGAAGCUACAGCUGGUGCAGCAUGCUACAGUGAUAUUAUUUAGUGGAGUGUCCCAUCAGACACACAUUGCACCUCUCUAAAAGAACUGCACUGUCUGCCAGUAUGCUACCAGGCCAAAUUAAAGUUGUUGGUUUUAACCUAUUAAUUCCUCCAAACAACUUGGUAUCAGGAUACCUGCAGGAGUGCCUUUCUCCCUGCUGCCCUGCCAGAGCUGUGGAGGCCCUCUUGGUUGUGCUGCAAUAUUUGUUUGUGGAAACCAGGGAGAGGGCCUUCUCUGUGGGUGGCCCCCUUUCUAUUGAAUCACAUCUCCUAGGAGCUCCAGCAAGUGCCAACACUGAUGACAUUUCAGUACUUGUAAAAAAAUAAAAUACCUCAAGCAUUUUCUUUUAUGGCUAUCAGUUGCAUUUUAUUUCCUUUCUUGUAAUUUUACUCUUUUAUUGUUUUAUCAUUUUAAUUUGUAACAUAUUAUAUAAUAGGUGGUGUACAAAUAAAAACAAAAAAAUAAAGACAACAGUUAUUUUGCUGUAAUUUAUUUUCUUCAAAAUAUGACUAUAUGAUUUACUAUGUCUCUACCUUCUUGCUAGCUACUACUUGAUGUCGGAACUGAGCUCUGUGUAUUGUCUCUCAGCUUUCUGGGAUGAGGCAUUCAAACCCUAAUGUGUCCAUUAUUUUCUUUCACUUAACAUAAUGGGGUUGUGGUUUUGCUACACGUUUCUACAUCUAUGGAGCAUCAUUAUAUGACCAUGGGUGAGAGAAAUAUUCAAAAUUAUGCCUCAAGACUCUCAGUAGAAGUACUGUAAUUCUCAAAAUGGGACGGGCUGGAUUAAGGUAUAGUAACCAUUUCAAUAAGGACGUGGUUGGCGCUGUGGUGUAAACCACUGAGCCUUGGGAUUGCCAGUCGGAAGGUUGGCGGUUCAAAUCCCCGCAACGGGGUGAGCUCCCAUCGCUCGGUCUCAGCUCCUGCCAACCUAGCAGUUCAAAAGCACGUCAAAGUGCAAGAAGAUAAAUAGGUACCGCUCCAGCAGGAAGGUAAACGGCGUUUCCAUGCACUGCUCUGGUUUCGCCAGAAGUGGCUUAGUCAUGCUGGCCACAUGACCCGGAAAAACUGUCUGCGGACAAACAUCAGCUCCCUCGGCCAGUAAAGCGAGAUGAACGCCGCAACCCCAGAGUCGUUCACUACUGGAUUUAACUGUCAGGGGUCCUUUACCUUUACCUUUAACCAUUUCAAUAAACUCAACAAUUGCACCCUGAUCUGACUGCUCUCCCAUACAAGAAUGUCAUCCAAAUAUAGAGAAGGCUCGGCUACUACCUUUCUUCUAACAUACUAGCGUAAGGUGCACACACACACACAUGCGUGUGCCAUCUUCCUUUUGUCUCAGAUAGCAAAAUGUCUUGAGCUGGUCAUGUCCAGAAUUGGCAUGCAAACUUUUCCUAUAACCCAUUCUAAAUGUCAGGCAAGCACAUGAAGUAGAUGCUACAGGAAUUCGGCUUCUUGUGCCCUCCAAAUAGAUGUGCUAGAUUAGAGGUAGGAAGAACCUCAAGCUCCACCAACUUGAGCCAAGUAACAUCAGAUUGGAGCACUUCCUGGUUUUGCGUGGGAUUCAAUCACAUACCAGCAAAUUCAGGCUGCACAAUUAAAGUUGAUUUCUAGCUCUUGUGAAGCAAGCCUCCUUCCCCCAAAAGACUGGAGUUUUUGCAAUAGAAAAGCAUGAGAGAAAAGUGGACUGGGAAGUGUGGGAUAAUAUUUGCUUGAUGCAAUAUCACCUAAUCUCUCCAUAAACAAAUCAGGAUGAAUAUUCAAUAAACAUCCAAUCUCAUCUAAUCUCUUUAUAAAUGAAUCAGGAUAAAUGCUUAUUAAAUAGGUCAUUUGGAGGUGACCUUGGACUUGCACCUUUGAAAUUAAAGAACAAAGUUCUUAUGAGCACAGGCUUAGCACAGUAAAUUGUUUUCAGUGCCAAAAUGAAGCUCCAGUCAAAAAUCCACUACUGGUUUCCUCCCCAAGUUUUCUUUGUUUAGCACCCUAAAAUUAUUUUUGUUGUUCCUAUUAUUAUUUUUUUUAAAAGGAGUCACAAACUUGUCUUUUGGCAAUCAACACCAAAUCACCAAAGUAGAUCCUGGAAAAAAGUAGAUUCACUGAAGAAGAAAAAAGACAUGAAAAAGCUCUAUGUCAACCCAAAAUUCAUCACAGAAUUGGCAAAGGAGGUUUGAAUGGUAUUGUAUAACUUUGUCUCAGAGCAACAGAAUUAGCUUCCUGUUUCCCUGGAAGCUUCUCUAAUAUGUACGCUACAAUUUUUAGCUGUUUCUAAAUAAAAAAGGAAACAUAAAUUGUAAUUUUAUCUUCAAAUACUUUGAUAUGAUAAUCUCCCUAAACCGAUUAAAUUGGUUAUAUAUACACUCACUCUGAUUGCAACCUCAUCCUAACAUCUAUUACAAAGUCUACAAUGCUUUUAUUUUUGUUGGUGGUUCACAUAUUGAAUUAUAAAGCAAUCAUGAAACCAGGCAGAAACACAAUCAGCUUUAUUUCCUCUGUCUAAUAUGAUAUAAUGUUCUUCUAGGUAACUUAAACUGCCAAUUACACCUUCUCUUUGGACUUCGUGGUAUUUUUAUUUUUCUAUAUUAUUUGCAGUUCAUAAUCUUUCCUCUAAGCUGACCAGAUAUCCAUUAGAUUCAGGUUUAAAUUCUGGAAACAUCCAUACCAUUAAGUUGUAGCCACAUAACAAUACUUCAUACACUGGUGCCUCGCAAGACGAAAUUAAUCCGUUCCGCGAGUCUCUUCGUCUUGCGGUUUUUUCGUCUUGCGAAGCACGGCUAUUAGCGGCUUAGCGGCUAUUAACGGCUUAGCGGCUUAGCGGCUAUUAACGGCUUAGCGGCUUUAAGAAAAAGGAAACAAACCCGCAAGAACUCGCAAGACGUUUCGUCUUGCGAAGCAAGCCCAUAGGGAAAUUCGUCUUGCGGAUCGACUCAAAAAACGGAAAACUCUUUCGUCUAGCGAGUUUUUCGUCUUGCGGGGCACCGCUGUAUAUCUCUUUCCCUUUGUAAAAGUGGGUAACAGGUCCCUUACCAGACUGUCUACUAAAAACUAUAUGCUUGUAUCUUCUCACAUCCCAGUCCACAGUUUUGGAUUAUAAUAACUAGCAUUACACACACUCUGCAUUUGUGGCCACUCAUAGAUAGAUUGAAAAAGUUAUUCAAAUAUGGUUACAUGUAAAAUUAUUUUACCUAAAACCAUAAUAAGACCACCAUCCCACACCCUUUUGCAGAUAUUUUUUUGAUUUCUGAAAGAGCAACUGCUGAAUUUAUCCACUACCCAUGUGGCACUUAAAUUGAGUUGUUGGCAAAUAGAAUCACUUCCACGUCUUCCUCCAAGGAUCUCUCUCUUAGUUCAGGAGCUGAUAAUGUUCUUUUCAGUCUUUUUGAUAAAGUUGCUGUGAAGAUUUUUACAGUACAAUUUAUUUUUUCUUUCUCUGCCAACACUUGAGCAAAGGCAAUGAAUCAAAAUCAGGAGCAGCAUCCAUUUCUCUCCCUGCUCCCCCAAAUGCAUGCACUUCUUAGAGCUGUGAACAUGGAACAGGAUCUUCAGAGGAGAACCAUUCCAGCCUCUACAAUCAGCCCCAAAUUAUUCUGGACAAACUGGCAUAUGGCUGGCUUUGAUCUUGAAUGGGAAAUUUGUCCUCUUCUCUCUGCGAGUGAUCCACAUUCAAAAUCAAACAAUACUGCUAGUACCAAUACUACUUAUCGCCAUCAUUAUCCCACAUUUUAUGGUAAUGUGGUUUAACAAUAGACAUAUUUAAACAAUUUCUAUAAGUAAAACAACUUGGAACUACAAAAGCAAAUGUGUACAAUUCACACCAAGAUACAACAGAAAAAUGCAACAUAUUGAAAUAUCAUAAAAAUCUGGUUAAUAUUACAAAAAGAAACACAUAAUAUAAACACCAAAAUCAUUCACAUUCACUUUUAUACUAUAAAAAACCAGUCUAAACACACAAUUCCAACAUACCAAACCACUCAACAAUCACUCUUCAUAUACCCACAACAUCAUGCCAUCCACUCAAUUCUCACUUCAAUAAAACACAAAGGGAAUUCCUUGAAUGGUCGAUCAGGGAUGGGGAACAUCUAGACUAGAUUACAAUUCCACUUAUCUUUGAUCAAUGGCUGUGCUGGCUGGCAUUGAUGAAAUUGGACUCCCAACAACAUAUGGACAGCCAAAGCUUUCCCACCCUUGACUUUUGUUUUAAGGACUGUCUGCCUGGUGGAGUAGCAGGUAUACUUUUGGUAUCAACAGCAGUAAAGAUAAUUUUCAUGUGUUCACUAUAUCUCAGUUUAUUUAAUACAAGUUAAAUCUUGCAUCCUGAUAUAUUUCAGAUAUUACUGUUCUGUGCUGAGGUGUCCUCUCUUGGCAAGGAUUACUAAUUGCAUGCAAGAGUCACCCAAAUUAAUCUGUUUGGAAAAAAUAAGAUUUGAGCUGAAAUCAAUUAUUUCACAGUAGGACACAUAACAGUGGCAAUUGUAGGUGCCUAAUGAGGGACAGUAUUAAGCUAAUGACAAAGGAACUUACUUGGUGACCCAAUGGUUCAGUACUAAUGAGUCUUAAAGCAUCAUUGGUUCCUAAGUGCUCCCCAUCAAAACAGAGAGAUAGCAAUUUUACACACAGCAUAUUUUUUAUGAGCUUUGUACACUAUGUUCCAUUGGGCAGAAGGCAACCUCAGCCUUAUGAUAACUGUAAUGAAAUACUUCUUUGCAAAUACAUUUAACCAUCAGCUGCCUUCUCUGCAUGUACACAACUUGGCUUAGUCCUUCCUUUGCAUCCCUGUGUGCUGUUUACCUACCUUCCCUAUAACUGGGUCAUUUUAUCAAGUCAUUAUUGCCUGAAUGUUCUCCUUUUCAGCAUCAGAAAUUUAAGGGAUUCAAUGGCUGUUGAAUCUGAAGUGGGAAAACCUGGAUGGUUUUAUUCAGCUUUUAUUUAUAAAGUGUGUAAAAUCUUUUAAAAAGCAGAGACUCAACGCUUUUAAUUUUUAUUGCCCCUUGUCUCCAACCUCUGCCAGUUUUUUCAUCACCAUACAGAGGGUCCUUUGUAGCCUAAUGAUGUUGAAAAACACACCAGUAUAUAACUAAAUCUAUUUAUACAUUCAUUUAAAUGUACAUUAUAGCCAAUGUUAAUUAACCCCAAAGCCCACAGCCUCCUAUUUCUGAUAAGAUAUAACAUUACGGUUUCGUGAAACGUAGAUUCCACUGUCCUUUUCUCAAGAAUGUGCAUGUUACUUUGCUGCACUGGUAAUUUUCUAGUUAGGUAACUAGUUUUGUUAGUCUUGUUUUGCUUGCCUAAAAUUUUCCAUUUUAUACAUUGAGCAGCAACAACAAAAAUCUAUGUCGAUGAGGAUCUGGUUCUGUAGCAACAGAGAAAGCAUACUGUCUGUUUGCAGGCUCACUACCUGUCUGCUUUUAAAAAACUGGAUAAGGAUGAAAGCCUGCCUUUCAUUUAUGUCAGCUGACAGGCUGUAGAAGUGGUGGAAACUUCACUAUGGAGGAGCCUAUCAAUUUCAACUUCUCAUUGUUUCAAUCUUAAGUUCAGUGCACGGCAUUUCUGCAUCAUUAUACAAUUACCAAAAAAGUCCCCACAAAUAUUUGUCAGAAUUUUAGUGUGCAUUUCUAAUAACAGACAGAUUUUAAAAUCCCAUGGUGCCUAAUGCACACUUUUUAUAGGCAUUUCCCCCCAAUAAAAUGCAUUUUUGUAAGUUAUUUUCACCAAUAAUCACAUUUUAAUGCACACUUUACCCUAAUGUACACAUUUCUUUGUGGGAGUACUGCAUCACAAAAUUCGGAGAUGUGCAAGUUGUGAAGAGUAGCUGAGUUUUGGAUUGCUUAUUGCUUCACAAAGUGUAAAUCAGCUUGGCUUGCAUUAAAACCCAAACCAAACUGAGUGUCUCUCCAUCCCUACUUGCUACACUAGCAGAAUGUCAGAUAUGCCACCAUGGCAAAUACAGUGGCAGAACACCUCAGAAACACUGGCAGAAAUUUGCUGCUGGUGGCACCAUUGCACAUGCAAAGAUAUGGCACUGGAACAGCCGAAGCAAAGCACUGAGGAAGUGGGUGGCACAGGGAAAAGACUUACUGUGUAUCCAGUAUCCCUUCAUACUACAGCCAUACACUUGUCAAUGGUGCAGUGAUGGCUGUAAUCAUGUGGCCUUGGCUCAUAAUGGCACUUAUAUCCAUUAUAUCAACUCAGGAGACAUUUGAUCCAUAUCUGCUCCCAAAAAGUAAGCAUCUUUGCAGAGGUAAAUGCCACAUAGCCUAACAUGCCUUAUUGCUUUCUGAUCUCUUGCCCCAACUCUCUUUUUACAGAAUGUAAGUUAAAUUCACAUUAACUGCUGGUUAAAGUGUUAGUGCCAUUCACAUUCCCCUGAACAUUGGGAGAGAUUUUGAAAAGCAUUUGGUCCAGGGUUCAUGCAGUGCAUUCUCAGCAUAGUAUUCUGCCUAACAUCUGUUUGAAAUCAGUGGGAGUACUUGCUUUUGGAAGAAGCAGCAGAGAGGAUUUGUUUAAACCAAGACUUCAAAAGGUUGAUAUAUACUUUUUGAUAUAUAUCAACAAAAGGUUGACAUAUACUUCUACCAGAUAAAAACAUGUGCAUCCCUUCUUAAGAUUCCUUUAAACCCACAUAACUAAAAAUAUGUGGCCCAGGUGUUUGUAGGGAGAAGAAAUACAACUAUGCAAUGUGUCAACAAGGGGAUGGAGGAAACCUAGGAAAUGGGCUCAGGGGAAGAAAAAAUCCAGUUCUAGGCCUCCAGUUAUCUUAGAUUGCCAUCUUAUAUAAAGGAGUAGGUCCCAUUCACUUUUUGUCUGAGUAGACAUGUAGAAUUGCACUGUUAUGUUUCUAUGCGUUUUGCACGUUAAAACAGAGACAAAAAUACUUGAGAUCAUCAUGUGUACGGAAACUUUGUCCCACCAGAUGUUGCUGAACUACAAUUCCCAUAAUCCCUGGCCAUUGGCCAUGCUUGUUGGACCUGAUGGGAGUUGUAGUUCAGAAACAUCGGGAGGGUCAAAGGUUUCUCAUACCAGCUUUAUGUCAAAAUGCAUUAUUGCUCCAGUCCAGUGGUGGAGUCAUCCAUGAGUGGAAACAGACCCCCCCCUCCAAACGUAUCUCAUAUAUGGUUUGUGUAGAGACUAUGAUGUAUGUCAUUGACUCCACAAUCUCAGUCUUGUAAUGAAAUCUGUCACAGGGACAUCAAAUUGCUCACAAAGGUGGAGAGUUCAUUCCCUUAAUCUUUCCCAGCAGCGACAAGUUGUUGGGUUUUCACUGGUGUUUCUUUUUUCUUCUUCUUUGCUAUUAAUGUUUGCAUACUUUGCAGUACUGCCCAACCGCCAGUGUUUUUCCAUCUGCAUACCAUAUUUCACCUUCAGAAUUUAUAGUCAUGCCCUGAAAGAGACAGCAAAAAUCUUUAAAUGAUCCGAACUUCAUAGAAACAGGCAACACAAACAACACUCUGAAAGAUUUUGAUCACAUAAGUAAUUUACAUCUUUUAAGCAUUUAGUAUUCAAAGCACCCCAGGGACCAGAUUCAAAGCACAUCAAAGUAAAGGAUUCCGUAACUUCAUUUGGCCUGCACUGAACCUACAUUUCAUAUAAGCAUUUCUUGCAGGUAGAAAAAAACAGAGAGGCGGAUGGUUUAUGUUUUUACUUCUACUUAUGCCAACACAGGAAAGUAAUUUCUACAUGGGAGCAAUGGGCAUGAUGCUGAUAUUAUUCCACCAAAAGCCUUUCAAAGGAGAAAUGCCAUCCAGUCCCAACAUAUAGUGUAGUAUGCUGAAGGGAAACCAGGGGGUACCCAAACAUUACUUUGUUUUUCUACAACAGCUUCUGCUAGUGAAGCUUCUCAAUAAUUUCCUUACAAAAGUGAGAAUAGAAAUGAAAAUCAUGAGUAUCUAAUCUUGCAUGGGGAGAACGUGUUAAGAAUUUGUUUGUUUGCUUGCUUGUUUGUUUGAAAGGUUCAUACUCAGAAUUUCAGUCAAAUGAUUCUCAAGGUUGCUUAUAGGAAUCAGGACAUAUUACAAAAACCUCAGCAAACCGAAGUCACACAUAGGCAUACAUACAUAAGCCACCACCCCGUAGCACUCUGGCUGAUGAACAGGGCCAGAGCCUGCUUCCCUUUCUGCAGGGCCAGAUCUGCAGUCCUAGGGCAACUAGCAGUUGGACUGAAGUGUUAUUUCUGGUAGAGAGCGGGGAAAGCAAACGCCUUCUCUGGAUGAUGGGCUGAACUGGGCUGAUCUUCUUGCCAUGAUGUCCUUCCCGGGAGGGAGGGGGUGUGGCCCCUUUGAUCCAGCGGCAGAGGCCAGAGUGUACUUCCAUUCUGCUCUCCAGUUCUAGCACAACUCAUUACUCAUUGUUGCAUUAUACCCCUCUUUUCCAUAAAACCAAACCAAACCAUAAACAAGUUCUAUUUUGGGGGUAGGGGAAUGCCUUUUCUUGCAAUUCUGUUCGUUCAUAUCAGAUGCAUCUGAAGCCCACGGCUUCCUGCUUUCUUGUGGCUGUGUUUUAUCCUAUUGUGGAUGUGGGAAACAAUUUCCAUUUUCUCUCCACCGCCACCCAUGAUCCUGUGUCUCACACAUUUCUUCCGGUUGUUGACUUUAUUUACAAGCGGUUAUGUGUCCUUACUGAGAGAUAGUGCAUUUGAUAUAUAAAGCACUGCAUGUCCUAAGAGUUUUAGCAAACUUCUUUUUCUUCUCCUUAAAGGGUAAUAUGUGAAUAAAUUGUUAACAGGACUGUUUGCUAUUUUGUCAAUUAAUCCAGGCUGUCUGUUCUGAAAGCACAUGGUGGAUCUUUCUUGGAUCAGGACACAAGCCAACGAGGGGUAAAGAUACUCAUAUUCUCAUGGAGGAUAACCUUUCUUGGCAUGUCAUUCUAACCUCCCUUGGUUCUCAGCAAUGACUACAAGAUAUUUUCGUUACACCACAGAGGUUUUAAUUAUGCAGUCAGACAAAGCAUGUCCACCAGCUUUCUGAUCCCGACUGGCACUCCUCUUAUUUCCUUAUGUCAUCUGUUGCCAGGAGCCUAACAUGAUUUUUUAAUUCAACCUAAGCAUCUUCUUUAAAAGGCAUUUAAGAUCUGGUCCUGAUAGUUUAUUUAUGUGUUUGUUUGUUCCAGAAUUUAUAAACUGCUCUACAUUUACAUGAUAUACAGAAAUAAAAUAUAAAAUAUAACACAAAUAAGAAAACAAUAUUAAAAACAUUUUGUGUAUUUGUAAAUAAAAAGUGAACAAGAUAUAGUGAUGGGCGGUGCUGUUUUUCUAGGAAAAGAGGUGCCACAACUCAUUACGAACACCUCCCUUGUUCUCUUAUAAUGGCAGCGGUGCCUACCUGAGAGGUGCCAGAACUGAGCUUCAAUGAGUUCUGGCUGGGGGAAAAAUGCUGGUAAUUGUUGAAUGGUUUAUUUAAAUAUUAAGGUUCAUUAUUGUUUCACAAGAUGUGUAUCUCUUUAAAGGCCAGAGUAAAUAUCAUGACCUAGUUUUACAGCUGUGAACCAGUAUAGCAGGUGCUAUUAAGUUGUGUUAAUUAAGCUGUGUCAGCAAUUGGGUAUAGUAUAUAAAGAGCAGCGUGUACCUCUCUCAGUACCCUGGUGAAUGGGUCAUACUUCUAGAAUUAAUGUAAGAGGAGUUUUUGUUUUUGUAAUUAAAGCCAAGCAAAAUAUAUUUUUGGGUUUCUUCAUUGUUUCCUGAACAUGUGGUCUCCCCAGCAUGAUUUCUGCAGCACAAUUAAUCUGCUAAAUAUACAACAUCCAUGCACCCCAAGCAUGUAUUUUAGUCUUUGGUCUACCUAGAACAAGUGUUGUGAUCCUGGGGCCUUCUGGAUUUUGAUAGACUACAAUUCUCAUGUCACUGGCAAGGCAUGUUGGAGUUGAUGGGAGUAGGAGUACAACAUCUGAGAGCCACCAAAAACAAAAAAAGUAGAAGAAGGUUUGGGAGGGGAGCAGUCUGAAAUAUGUCUAGGCUACGCAAAAGGCCUGUUCUAAUAUGAACUACCUAUCAACCAAUUACAUGAUCAAAAAGGAAGGGAAAUACAUUGCAUCCCAAAGUAUUGCAUUUUCUUCUAGUAAUCACACAAUGGCUGCAUUCACACUUAAUGAGAAACCAUGGUUUGUACAACAAACCAUGGGUUUUUCCCUCUAAAACCAGGUUUGUUUUUCAGCUUUCCUUGCCUCAUGUCUCAGUAGUUUGGGGAGCAUGUGGGGUAGAAUGGAGUAGUUAAGAGAGACUGUUGAGUUUGGAUGUAACAUCAAACCAUGGUUUUAAAAAGCCAUAGUUCAUACAGCAAAAACAAACCAUGGCUUCACAUUGCAGUAUUUUAACAGAAAACAAACCAUGGUUAGUCUCCUGGACUGGGUAACAAUAUUCAGAAAACCACUUUUGGUUAAACAAACCAUGGUUUAGGGUUUCUGUGUGAACCAGGCCAAUUUAUAACACUCAAACAAAGGUCUAUAGAUUAAAUCUCCUAUGCACACUUACCUGUGAGUUAAGUCCAUUAAAUACAGUUGAGUUUAUUUUUAAGUAAACAGGCAUGGGAUCAGUUACUUUUGUGUGAAUCAUGAAUUUGCCAGAAAGUUCUUCCAGAUAAUUCUUUAUUCAUGAUUUAAAGGAUAUUAUUAUUUCUCAGCUGAUGGGUCUCAGCUUUAUAGAUUGAGUGCUGAUACUUUUUCAGCCCAUACUUUCCAGAAGCUGUACUCUUGAUGAGUAAUAACUCACUCUACUUUAUUGCCAGAGUAAUAAAACUAGAGCUCACUUCCCUCUUUUACAAACAAAAUUAGACAACAGUUUUCCCAGGCUACUAAAAAUAAACCAUUAGUAUUAAGCAGCAGCACUAUGCCUAGCUAUGCAGACAAAAGAGGAAUGCUUUUUGAUUAGUGCUGUUUGAAAUCACUAACUAGAAAACUUUGUUAAGACUGGUUCCUCUGAAAACAGUAGAAUGACAAGCUCUGCUCUGAGCCUCUGAGGUCUGUGUUCUGCUGCUACACUCGGUGUUUCUUGUAAUACGGGAACUGGCUGCACCUUGUGACAACAAGGGAGCAAGUGUGUGGGUGGUAGGUGGGAGGAUAUUGUCAUGGUCUUCAUUCUUAAGAUGCUUCUUCAGUAUUGCAGGACCUCUUAAAUACUACAGUGGUACCUCGGGUUACGUACGCUUCAGGUUACAUAUGCUUCAGGUUACAGACUCCGCUAACCCAGAAAUAGUGCCUCGGGUUAAGAACUUUGCUUCAUGAUGAUAACAGAAAUUGUGCUCCGGUGGCGCGGCAACAGCGGGAGGCCCCAUUAGCUAAAGUGGUGCUUUAGGUUAAGAACAGUUUCAGGUUGAGAACGGACCUCCGGAACGAAUUAAGUACUUAACCCGAGGUAUCACUGUACUGUGUAGAAGAUGUAUAUUUUAGUCUUAAACCUGUUCAAGUGGCAUGGAUCCUAGCCCAGAGUAUUUCUGGGGCUGAGAAUCUUGAACAAAAAGUUGUUCUCACAAUCAAAUUCCCAGGAUUUGUGGGAGAAUAUUAUGGCACCUAAACAUAGCCAUGUGACUUCUAUUAUUUCAACCAAAUGAAAGAGAUGCACUACAUAAAAUUUUCUUAAGGGCAGUGCAAGUGUCAGAACCCCAACAAAGGGGUAUUAAAACUUACAACAAAUCACUUUCAAAGCCAUUUUCAAAGAAAGAAGUUUGGCUUAAGUAUAGCGCAGUGGCAGUCCUCAUCACCAGUUAUUUCUAGGCCAAAAGAUGACAAGAUAGUCGAGUUAUUCCUUAACUGGCAGCUUGUGCUUCAGACACAUGUUUUCAGAUGAUAGUGCGUAACUGAGCAACAAGUAGAGAGUACACAAUGCAUUUUCAGUGGAUUAAUAUUAAUGAGGAUUCUGAGAAUGUCCAAACAAUACUAUUUAAUGUUGUGUUCUUAUUAUUGAUGUACCCAGGAUGAGUUGCGCAUUCCUCACUUGGUACUCAUCAGCCUUCUAUUUUUGGCUUUGGCCUAAAGGAAGUGCUACUGUAAUAAUGGAGAUUGUCUGUUAUUCAGGUUCCAGUUAGCCAAAGGCUUUUGAACAUAAAUCUCUUCUAACGUAAAAGAAAGAUGAGAGGUUCAGGAAAUAUGGGUACAGACAGAGACAUCUCUCUCCAGCCCCAUCCCCAUAAUGGAGAGCUUUUUUAUGGUGCUUUAAAAAAGUUAAGAACUGGAGUGUUUCAGAAGACAAUAUUUGCAUUCUGUAUUUUUUUUAUAUAUUUCUAAAUAUAUCAGAUAAAUUGUAUGUACUUCUGCUUAAAUGCACUGUGGAGGACAAUGAAAUUUAACUGAAUUAGCUUUCUCAUCGGCUCUUCCACACAUGACACCAAAGUUCCUGCAUAUUCAUGGCAAGGUAUUUUCAGUGGUGGUUCUCUGUUUGUGAAAUGUCUUCCCUAUAAGGUACUUCAGUUUCCCUCAUCACUGACUUUUUGGAGGAAGAAGGAAGAAACAUUACUGUUUAACUAGGCUUUGAUAGUUGAAAGACAUUGUUCCUAGCAACUCUAAAAUCACUGGCUGAAUGUUCUUUAAAAAAAAUAAAACUAAACUGGAUUAAUUGCAGUUUCUGGGUCACCUUCAAAGUUAGCCCCACGUAGAGCGCAUUGUAGUAGUCCAAACGGGAGAUAACUAGAGCAUGCACCACUCUGGUGAGAGAGUCUGCGGGCAGGUAGGGUCUUAGCCUGUGUACCAGGUGGAGCUGGUAGACAGCCACCCUGGACACAGAAUUAACCUGCGCCUCCAUGGACAGCUCUGAGUCCAAAAUGACUCCCAGGCUGUGCACCUGGUCCUUCAGGGGCACAGUUACCCCAUUCAGAAUCAGGGAAUCCCCCACAGCCGCCCGCCCCCUGUCCCCCAAAAACAGUACUUCUGUCUUGUCAGGAUUCAACCUCAAUCUUUUAGCCACCAUCCAUCCUCCAACCGCCUCCAGGCACUCACACAGGACCUUCACCGCCUUCACUGGUUCUGAUUUAAAAGAGAGGUAGAGCUGGGUGUCAUCUGCAUGCUGAUGAACACCGAGCCCAAACCCCCUGAUGAUCUCUCCCAGAGGCUUCAUAUAGAUAUUAUAAAGCAUGGGGGAGAGAACGGAAUCCUGAGGCACCCCACAAGUGAGAGCCCAGGGGUCUGAACACUCAUCCCCCAACACCACUUUCUGGAGACGGCCCAGGAGAAAGGAGCGGAAACACUGUAUAACAGUGCCCCCAGCUCCCAGCCCCUCUAGACUGUCCAGAAGGAUGUUAUGGUCGAUGGUGUCAAAGGCCGCUGAGAGAUCCAGCAGAACUAGGAAACAGCUCUCACCUUUGUCCCUAGCCUGCCUAGCUCAACCAGCGCGACCAAGGCAGUUUCAGUCCCAUGAUGAGGCCUGAAUCCCGAAUGGAAGGGAUCCAAAUGGCCCACAUCCUCCAGGCGUGCUUGGAGUUGUUCAGCAAAAAUCAUAGAGUUGGAAGGGACCCAAGGGUCAUCAAGUCCAAUCAUCUGCAAUGCAGGAACCUCAGUUAAAGCAAGCACGACAAAUUGUUUUAUAUAUGUUUUCUACCCUGGGCUUCCUCGGGAGAAAUGGUAGACUAUAAAUGGAAUAAGUGAUAAAUAAAUAAAUAAAUAAAUAAAUAAAUAGUGUAAGUUGAAGAAGGAAUAGUGAAAAUGGAGAUAGGCUUGGUGCCAAUUAACCAACACUGAAGUGAAGGAGUCAAGAUUUGAUUCGCAGGCUAGUGGAAAGGUAUUUUAUUUUAUUUUUCACUUUGACAUACUUUAUUCAUUUACACAAGUAAAACUGAUUACACACUGGAAGCCUUAGUAAUAAAGGAAAUCCAAUAGAAUUCUCCAUAGUACAAAGUGGUUUUUUGGGGGGGGGAGGGCUUAGGUUAGGAAGAAAAGGGGGAAAGAGCGGGAGUGGGGAAUGAUGAGUGGGGUGGGGGGGUUUUGUGACAUGGAAAGGUAUUUUAUUUAUACAAAAUAGGAUUGAAAACUGGCUAGGCAAGAUUGGUAGCAAAUCAUCAGGGCAAUGAGGACAAGUAGAAAGCUUUGGUAGAGGAAUAUUUGGGCUGGAAACUAUGGAUAAUCCAAGUCAUACCUUUUGGGAUUCCAGCAGCGUAAAGCAUUUUUGCAAGAAACACUUAAAUCAGGAAUUGGGAAUGGUACUCACUCCCUGCAGCACUGGUUGAUGAUCAAUAAAAGCACUUGUACGCUCUUAGGUCAUUCUGAUAGCCUUUGAUAUAAUUGAUCAUAAAGUGUAUGUGAUAUAACUCCGGGUGCUUGCAAGUGCUCACAAAUUUCUCUUAAGUACCUCUAGUCACUCCUGAAAGGAAAACUCUGAGAGAUUUCCGAAGUCAUCAAGGCUUCCUACAGAGGUUCAUUCUACCACCUCCAGUUCAGUCUACACAUGAAGGCAUUAAGCAAAGCCAUGCAGACAGUUGUACCUCUUGCUUUUCACCUGACCUAGGCGCUGCAGGUGCUGAGCUAGUUUACACAUGGGUCUCUUUGUUUGCUUAAAUAGCAAUUGUAGCCCACCUUUUUAUCAAGAUACUAAAAUUGGCUAAAGAGGGUACAUGGAUAAGGGAGUAUGUAUAAUAGGACUGUGUAAUCAAGAACAUUGGCUUCUUAAUGAUAAUUGCAGGGAAGCUAUAUGACAUUGUGUCAAAGCACAUCUUCUCCCACACUUUUUCUACUGUGUUUCCCCAAUGCUUUCCUUAUUGCAAAAAGCCCACUCUUUGGGGUAAGAAGGUUUGUUGCACAAGAGCUCUAAGUCAGCUUUAAUUGGGCAACCUGAAUUUACCAGUAUAUUACUGAAUCUUGCCCCCCCCCCCAAAAAAAACCCCAGCACAUAGCAACAGUCUGGAAGCACCCACUGAUAUGCUGAGAAUAUGGAGAAAUGCAAUAAACACAACGUUUACACAAUCCAAAGGGCACUUAGUUGAGUUAGACUGACAACUGAAGCUCCAUUUUAAUUAUUCAUGACACUUCAUUUACUGAAAUGUUCUGUGGCAUAUUUUGUAAAUAUAAUGAAGUCUUUAUAAUUCACAAUCUUACCACAAACACAGCUACCAUUUCUUUCCUAAAAGGAUUAGAGGCAUAAUAAAUUGUGCACAUCAGCAGUUCAACUUCAAUAGUUUCUCAGUGAAACCUCAAAAUGAUCUGCUAGAUCUAUGAUACAUAGAAGGGGAGAGUCCAAGGUUUUCAUGUUGUCGUGUGUAUGAGCCGGUGUUUGGUUGAAAGAGGAAAAUAGGAGGACAGACCCUCCAAGUGUCCCUAUUUUACAGGGACAUCCCUAAUUUAGAGAAGCCGUCCCAGUUUCUGAUUAGAUCCCGGAACGUCCCACUUUUCCUUAGGAUGUUCCUAUUUUCAUUGGAGAAAUGUUGGAGGGUAUGGAGCUACCUGACCCCAAGCCAUCUGAAGGCAAUCCUGUAUAGGGAAGUUUUCUUAAUGUUUAAUGUUUUCUUAUGUUGUACCAGUUGUUAGCCGCUCUAGCCCAGCUUUGGCCGGGGGGGGGGGAAUACAAAUAAUUUUAUUAUUAUUAUUAUUAUUACUGCUACUACUACUAUGUUUUUAUAUAUGUUGGAAGCUGUCCAGAGUGGCUGGGGCAACCCAGUAAGGUGCGUGGGGUAUAAAUAGUAAAAUUAACAUUAUGGAAUCGGAUAUCCCUGUUUUCAUUGGAUAAAUGUUGGAGGGCAUGGGAGGAUGGAGGCACAUGCAUAAAGCCCCACACAUACAGGUGAGUGUCUCCCGGGGAGAGUGCAGGAGACCCAUGCAACCCCAUAACUCUGUGAAGACUCAGGUGAGCGGGAAUCGUGUUAUCACUUUUGUAUCGCCCCCCGCUCCGUUGUAACCUCUCACUUCUCAGUUAAACCCAGUAUUAGUACCAUCCCUAUGGAGCCAUUUGGAAAUCCAGGAAAGCAGAAUACAGAAUACAGUGGUACCUUAGUUUACGAACUUAAUCCGUUCUGGAAGUCUGUUCUUAAACCAAAACCGUUCUUAAACUGAGGUGCGCUUUCCCUAAUGAGGCAUCCCCCCACUGGUGCCCUUCCACCAUUCGGAUUCCGUUCUUAGACCAAGGUAAAGUUCUCAAACCAGGACUCUUUUUCCAAUUUUGCAGAGUUUGUAAACUGAACCGUUUUUAAACUGGACUGUUCUUAAACUGAGGUACCACUGUAUUGGUAAUACUUGGUUUAACCGCAGGAAUUAUUUUUCUCUUUCUCUCUCUCAUCCUGUUCUUCUACAAACAAAAAACAAAAAACCAAGGCUUGCAGAGCAGUUUACAAAUGUCAGUGAUGAAACAAUCCCUGCCCUCAGGCUUAAAAUCCAAAGUCAUGACUCAUGACACAAGGAAACUCUGGAGUUACUUCUUAGUGACAUAAUUUUUUUAGUGACCAGCUGGGAUCAAAAGACUGAAAGAUGGGAAACAUACAAGCAGAACCUGAACACAUGAGCGCCUCCCUCCAUGGUUUCCAGCAACUGGUAUUCAGAAGCAUUGCCGCUUCUGACCAUGGUGGCAGCACUGAGCACCAUUUGAGAGCCAUUGGUAGAAUGAUAGGAUACAAAUUUAACAAAUAAAAAUAGUUGUCUCUUCGGACAUUCCUGUCCCCACCCCCUCAGGUCUCUUUGUUCCAUUCUGAAAUUGGAAAUGGUGCCUUAUUCCCAUAGCCAGUAAUGAAGCACCCUAGCUACAUGUGGCCCAAACCGCCAACCUCCUAUAACUCCAACCUCCAGCUCUUUUUAAAAAUGAUGAGUUUUCAACAUAUUCUUUUAACUUAUUUAUAUGUGAAUAGUGAUAACAUAAUCUACAUUCCUUGGUAGCAUAUGGCACUAACAGUACAUGGCAUUAUGGUUGGUGUCACUGUACUUAAAGCAAAUUUGGUAAGAUCUUGAUGUUCACUACAGCAGAGUUUUUUAGAAAUGUACUUGGAUGACUGGAUGACAAAGACUUAAGACCAUGACCACUUUCAUGCAUCCACUCAGACACGAGCAGACUGGUCUAGAAAGCUUAGUUAAUCCCAAAUACUUGGCUUUAGUCCACUGGCUUCAUUGGGAUCAACGGAUUUAAAAGAAAGUGCCUCAUAGAGGUGCUGAAUGGGCUGCUUGUGAGUUUUCAAGACAAGGCCAAAUCUCAUAGGUCAUCAUAGCCAAACCACUUAAAACAAUCUGUGUGUAUAUGUGAUAGGCAAAGGGUGUAUCCUUAAUGCUUGAAUUCUAAGCAUUAAUACACUUACAUAGCAUAUGUACCAUGUGUAUUGAUAAUUGUAUAUAAACAACAACAUGAUUUCAGCCAGGAAAAAAAUGAUUAUUUUUUCAAGCUAUUGAUUUCCUCUUUCCCAAGGCUCACUGCAAGGUUGUGUUAAAGGAAUGAGGUUUAAAAAAAAAAGGGAAAGAAAGAAAAUAUGACAGUCCAUCAAUGCUUGCAUUACUAAAAGUGCUUGAGUUGUAUCCUGUUUAUUCUUCCUUUCAGUAAUUCUAAGCCAUUGGGUUGACCUUUGCUUAUAAUUGCAAGCACUGAUCUUAAUGCCAAGUGAAAGAAAUAAUUCCUGGUUAACAUCUUAGCAAGAAUUUGUGGUCAACUGGUUUGAGUGUGUUUUUGGAAGAUCUGCAGUGGAGCUCGCGUGGCUUUGUUUUAGGCAGGUGGAAUGCGGGAUGCUAAGCAAGGCUGCCUCUGCUUUGUGGCAGGUGCAGUGCAGAGAUAGAAGAACAUAGCAAGAGCAUAUUGGUCACCACCCGGGGUACCACUGUGGUGAAGAGAGGAAUGCUUAGAGCCUUAGACCAACAUUUGAAGUGGACUGGUCAAAAAGGUGGCCCUGUGUCCUACUUUAAAGAGCCAGUCCUCUAACUCAGAGAGCUCUCAGAGGGCAGUCCUCUAUUGAAAGAUGUUCUCUGUUUGGAGGGCUGUCCAGUCCAAGUCUAUUUUAAAGAUAAGAAAGAAGAGAAGUGACCUUGAAGAAGGUAGAGUGCGAGCCUUGAACAGCACUAGAAAGCAGACAAGUCACCUGGUCAGUCACAGUCUGACCACAGUCUGGCUACCUUCCUUCCCUGUGGCUUCUUCCCACAUUGCUCUGUUUGGAUGCAGGAGACAUGGGCACAGAGCAAUGGCUCAGUGGUUCUGUUAGGGCAGGACUUUCAGGCAGAAGUCCAGGGGACCACACAGUGGAAUGAGCAGGAGGCUUCCCAAAUACAACUGGGUUUGUUUCCAACAUUUAUGAAAUAAGCAAAGUAAUACAUGUAAAGUCUGCCCCUUUGGGCAUUUCACUUCGGAAGGAAGUUGAAGAGCCUAAGAAAGGGUUCUGGGUGUCAAUGCAUAAAAGUUUCAUUCUAGGCCCAGAUGCUGCUGGAGCAAGUUGCCCACUAGGUUCUCUCAUCCUUGCUCUGCUGCCCUGUGGACUCUUCCUUGGGUCUGGACCAUGACAUGAAAGCUGGCUCUGAAGAGCAGGGAUUUUUAAAAUGCUUGAAUUUUUUUAGUGCUGAGUGUACCUAACAAUGAUGGUGAAAGGACGUACCUAUUCUUGUUAUCAUAUAAAAAAAAUACCCAUACUGGGAGAGCAAAAGAUCCUGGAGGAGCACUUAAUCCUCACUGCAGAUCACUUUCAAUGACCUGUCACCCUGGUUCAGUCUAUUUGCAAUUGGCCAUUGGGACAAAGUGUUUUUGACUAUUAAAAACAUGGAGCAGCAAUGAAGAUUGUUGUAAUCAGCUCAGUUUGUGCUUCCAGUGAGCAUAGCCUAGGUACUAGGGGCUUAGGCAGGAGCAAGCUGUUGGAAGAGUCCUAUGUUAGAAAUAGAAAGGCCUCUGCUUGAUGUAAAUUGCCUAGCCAUGGUGCACAGUCAUUGCAACAGUUUGCUUACUGCUGCGGUGACACAGAAGGGGAACGGAGGCAUACAUUUGACUCCCAUGAGGAGCUGUUCCCCAACUUGCUGUCUGUGCACAUCUCUUAUAAACAAGACUACAACCCACAUUUCUAAACUGUGAGGAAGACGUUCAAACCUUUCACAUGUAUGUAAUUUUUUUCCUCACAGCUGAAUGCAAGUCAAUGUUUUUAAAAAUGCCAGGAUAUGUUUGAAAUGCUUGGCUGUCGUAACGUUUUAGUUGGCGGCCAUGUAGUAUUUCAUUUGGCUUUGACUCACAGCUCUCCAGAACCAGUAAAUGCAUCUCAGAUAAUAUGGGGGGAGGGCAUGGAGAGGGAAUAAGUUCCUUCUUUAGGGUGCAAUAUAUAAGAGAGGGGUUUUUAAGCUGGCAUUUAUAAUUUUGAAAAACCCCAUAAUUUAAUGUACACAUUUUCAGACCUUCUUGGAUGGGAUAAGUACGAAAGUUAUUGCUGGAGCUAGUAUUGCUUGCAAAUUCUGUAUGCUGGAUCAAGGAGAUAACAGAACAGUUGGGUUAUGUCCCAACUAGCUGUUGGGAGGUGUCAUUCAAAUCAUUAGGAGGGCACAAGAUGGUGUGAAGGCUGCCCAAUCCAAUUCCAUCCUUUAUAGUGAGAUAUGGUCAGUCUAUAUUUGCACCUGCCUCCAUGGCUUCUAUGGGUUUCUAGCAAACAGAAAAUGAAGGACCACCCAGACAGUGCAGAGAAAUGUGAUAGACAAUUAGUUGACAAUAUAGUGGAUGAUUCCAAUGCACCUAAAAGAAAAUAUUAUUAUAUAGCAGUUAAAAUUAUAUAGCAGUUAAAAGAACACAGCAUCAUAUUUCCUCCAUUUGUGGAGCAGCUUCUCCAAGUGGUUUUGUUUCUCAAAUGAGUUUUAUCUGAUAGGUGAAGCUUCAGCUGUUUCAAGAACUAACAGGAUGGAAUUCUAUAAAUGUGAAGCAAUCACCAGUAUAUCACUUCUAUGUACUAUGACUAUAUGAAUAUGGAACGGGAAGCAAGGCAUUCAAGAGUCUAGACCAGGCAUGUCCAAAGUCCGGCCUGCAGCCUGCCCUAACACACGACCGCAUAUGAUUCAUCCAUGCUGUUGAUUAUCAUAAAACCAAACAAAGACUCUGGAAGCUCAAACUCCUGCUGUACCAAUUGGUCACACAGAUAUUUCAUCUGUGUGAGGUGCUUCUGAACUAACACAGGCAUGUCCAGAGUCCGACCAGGGGGCCACUUGUGGGCCCCGGGCUGGUUUCAAAUGCCCCCCCCCAGCAAUUUUGAAAAAGCAAUCUCUUGCGGCCCCCAAGCGCCUGCCCACCAAAACCAUUUCCGUUUUGUGGGCUUGACUCCCCUCUAUGCAGGGGUGUGGUUAGCCCCCGCGCCAUUAGGGAGUCUCUGGCUGCAUCAAAUCUGGGCCUUGCAUCAAAUCUGGCCCUCUUUGAAAAAAGGUUUGGACUGGUGUAGACGAUGAUGAAACACAAGCAAGGUGGCUGUCUCUCAAUUACGUAGGAACUCCAAACACACAUUACUUACCUAAGCCUAGACCAGCAACCUUGAGUUAUGCCUGGAAGUGUCAGUAAAGACUCUGGAACAGCUGGUGGAGUAAGUACAAGGCUGUUUAGCGCCAUCCAGUUUCAUCAGGAACACUGCUGCUGUGUUUAUGGUGUAUUUUAUGCUAUGCUUUUUAAAAUUGUUAUUACUCACUCUUGGAUCUCUUGGCAAUGAAGGACUGGGUAUAAAUUUCACAAAUAAAUACAGUGGCCAGCUCUUCACAGCAUUUCACCAGAUGGAAGUGACAGUAGUGUCUGCCAUUUUCUAACCUAGGUAAGUUCCGGAUAAACUGGUGGCUCCAAGACCAUCUUGAAUGGCAAAAUCUCUGUGACUAUAUUAGGUGAACUGCGUCAUUGAUGUCCUUUUCUUCUGUCUGCCUCUGCAGAUUAUUAUUACUUCAGUCUUGUGUGGGCUGAGCCCUACAUCAUAGCCAGACACAGAGGAAGCUCUGAGAUUGCACAACCCAAGGCAGAUUAAUAGGGAAGGUUAUGGCAAUGCCCCCUCUCUCUGAGCAAAAUAGGUAGCAGAUUCACCAUGGAAAGUGUAGGAGGAUGGCUCAGUUCUCCGGAAGAGACAAAGCAGACUUAGCAAGUUGGAUUGCACUAAGCACAAGCUGAAUAGGCUGCCUGAACUGUUAAGAGCAUAAAUCCAAAACUUACUUAGGACAUUUGAGUGUGGAGUGCCAAACUCUGAUUUCUGUUAAUGAUUAAUCAUUCAGAUGAGCCAGUGGUCUUCUACAUGCAUGAUAUAAUCUGGGCUGGAAAACAAACCAACUAGUUGCCAAUAGUUUGCCCAUGCGAAACAGCCUUUAUCCACCGUCACAAAUUCAGAUUUAAGGAUUCCAGUGUUACAUAUAAUCUUGUUGAUUAUUUGUUUAAAGAAGAAGAAAAAUACAGAAUGUGGUUUUUUUAAGUCUAGGCAUUUGUCUGUAUGUUAAAUGCUGCUUUAGACAGUGCUCCCAAGUGGUUUCUAAUAAAACAUUUUCACAGUUUAUUUUAAACCUUUGAAUAGCUGGAACCCAUGCAAUAAGAGCAAUGUGAAUAAUUUAUACAAGAGGCUUUAAGUCUCACUGUGUGUGUGAAUGAAAGAGUGGGAUGGUGAGGCUUAUUGGUCAGCUUUCUGCCAAUGUUUAAACCUAGAUUAGGGCUGCUUCCAGACUAAGACUAUUUUCUGGGUGGAAUUCAAUGGCAAAUUCAGGUUGUACAGUCAAUGUGGAUUUGGCACUCUUGCACAACAAACCGGCUUUGCCCCCCUUAAAAACAAGACUUUUUGUAGUAAGGAAAGUGAUGGGAAAAUGCCCUGAAAAGUGUAGGAUAAUUGUUGCUUGACACAAUAUCUUACAACCUUGCUACAAACAAAUCAGAAUCAAUAAACAGUGGAAGUCAUCUAACUGCCCCACAAGCGUUGUGAAAAACAAUCAGGAUGGAUGCUCAAUAAACAAGUUGUCUGGAAGUUACCAAAGUCUGGAAAUAUGGAUUUAGGUUUUAACUGGCUCUGAGUCUAAACCCAUAGCAACAAUUUGCACGGCCAUUGAUAAGAAUGUAUUGUUGUUGUUUAGUCGUUUAGUCGUGUCCGACUCUUCGUGACCCCAUGGACCAGCGCACGCCAGGCACUCCUGUCUUCCACUGCCUCCCGCAGUUUGGUCAAACUCAUGUUUGUAGCUUUGAGAACACUGUCCAACCAUCUCGUCCUCUGUUGUCCCCUUCUCCUUGUGCCAUCAAGAAUGUGUAAGUUGGGGAAAGGGAACCCUCAAUAGUGAUCAUAAUAGGAAGUGUGUGCCUGUGUGUGUUGUGCAUAAUUUUAGGAGUGCCAUCCUUUACCAUACAGUAUCUAAACAGAAACAGCUUAGAAUUUAGAAACAACAUAUUAUGCUAGCUAAGUUUGUACAUCAGUCCUGUUUUACAAGAUUCACUGAUUAGAUAAGAAGGAACUCUUAACUUUAGGCCGAAAGUUACUCAUUGAUCUGCUGUAUAAUAAUGCAUAUGAAUACCAGUGAAACACACGUGGCUUUAAUGAUUAAUGUUGUACUCAAUAUGGAUUUAAUUAAGGAUGAAGAAAUGUGUACUGUGUGUACUUGAAGAAUUUGUACUAUAUAAACUUUACAAAGUUUGUUAUGUAUAUAUGUAUGCAUAGGGAUAUCUACAAACACACACAUUUACGUAUAUUAUGUUUUUCAUAGUGGGAGACAGAUUAUAUGCUUAUAGCGCCCUAUAGGAUUUCUGUUCCAUUAGGCAAAGUGUGGACACCUAGACUAUAAAUCUUCAUAUUGACUCUUCAAGGGCUUAUGUGCUUUAAAAGCUCUGUACUAGACCUACACAUGACUCAGUCUGCUUGAUCUGUGUUAAAAAAUAUCAUUUAUGCUUGGGAACAGUGAAACUGGUAUAUUUAGCUUAAAGAUCUGUAGUAAGGGAAUAGUGAAGAUGUUCCAGUGUGACCCCUGGUUAUCUGAUUGCUUUGUAAAAGGCACCUCCGGGCAGUGUCUAAUGAGAGAAAGAUUAGUGCCCAAAGAGUCACACUGCACAAUACAAAGGUUUCUGAUCACACCCAAAUACCUUAGAAAAUGUGAGCAUUAUAAAAGUUAUAGUUUUUGAUAUCCCAAUCUUAUUUAUUUCAUUUUUUUCAUAAAAUUUAUACACAGCUUGAUUGUAAAAAAACUCAAACUAGUUUACAAAAGAUAAAACUGUAAAAUCAAGGGAGGGGGGAAGGAUACAAUCAUGCUUUUAAACCUGCAAAAGUUAAAAUACUACAACAGAUUAAAAUUUUCUUCCCUUUCUAAGCAUCUGAGUAGGCUUGACAAAACAGGAAUGUUUUUAGCAGGCACCGAAAAAAGUACAGUGAAGGUGCCUGCUUGAUCUCCAUAGGCAGGGAGUUCCAAGUGUAGGCGCUGCCACACCAAACGAUCAAGUUAUUGUUAAUGCAAAUCUAAUAAAUAUGAACCAUGUGUACUCUAUACUUGAAAUGCCAAUAGUUUGAUUGCAUAGUUAAAAACAAAGAGGGAGAGAAGUUCCAGAUUACUUCUUCUAUAGACUAAACCAAAAACAUAACUGAGACAAGCAGCCCAUUUAAAACUGUGACAAAUUAUCCUGGUCUGUGAUUUGUAACUACUGUGAUAUGUUAUUAAUGGAAGAAGAUUGUAUCACUGUGUGAAAUUAUAACCACAAAUGAAGGAUGCAAGACUGGUUUUGAGCAAUGAAUUAUGCAGCUCAGGACCCCAAUAUCCCAGGGACUGCCUCUCCCCACCUGAACCUGCCCAGAUCCUGCAGUCAUCACCAGAAGUCCUUCUCCAUGUGCCUUCUCCAAGGGAGGGUAUAGAGGAUGGCAACCUGAGAAUGGCCAUUUCCAGUGGUGGAAUUCUCUCUGCAGGAAAACACACCUAGUGUCAUCAUCACCAGCUUUUAGGUGCCAGUUUUUCAGCAUUUAAUCCUGGAUCAUACCUUCGUAGGAUUCUAUCCUCUAUUGUAGUAGUACUCCUCUACUGGUGUGGGGUAACAUUUGUCCUUUUGAUAGUAUUAAUGGAUGAGCAUUUGGGGGAAUAUUUCUUCUUGUUUUCCCGCUUUUAACUGAUUUUAGCUGUUUUAUGGUGUAGUAAGUCAUUUUUGCACUUUUAGUAUAAAAAGACAAUUAAUUACAAUAAACAGAAAUAAAAAUAAUAAUAGACCUAGUGAAGUUGAGAACAAAAUACAUGACUAUUGUUAAUCACUUGCUUAAAACUACAGAUACUGGUAGUUCAACUGUGUAUGAAAAAUGUACCUGUUUUCACUGAAAACAUAACUUGAUUUCAAAAGGAAAGUAGCUAAAAGUAAUUCAGAGAAUAUAUAUUUUAUAUUGAGAUCUGGACAGUCUAGGCAAGAAAUGUUGGUUCUGAUUUUGACUUUGAGCUCAUUUGAGUUAUAACUAAACCCACCCAGAGAGCAUAUAACCAAAGGAAGGUUAUUCUGCAAGCCCUAGAAAUGAGAUUGAAAAAUUGUUUUGGUUUUGUAUACUGGCACCUUUGUAUAUGGUGCCAGCUGGCGUAGGAACUGAUCCCAAAGCGGCUCAUGUGCAGGAAUUGCUUUCUGCUGAGUCACUGUGUAGGCCGAGGUGUGGCAAGCCAAUAUUUUAUUGCCAUUUGCAACUGGGAAAGGCUUAGCGGUGAGUCUUUGGUAUUUCAAUAUUGCUAAUAUAUUUAUAGAUACCAUUGUGGCCGAAACAUGUUUGUUCUGGGGUAUAGAUUAUUGUUUGUCACAUGUUGAGCAGGCAUCAUGAUGCAGAAGUGAUUAGUGUUUACAUUUAUUUCUUGACUUCACUUGAGUUGCAGCACAAUGCAACAGCAGCCCUGUCAGCAGACAAGUAUGUGGUAGAAAAAUUAAGACAUGGGUUCCUUAAAGUUUGUUUGAGCUGAAGGCGGGUCCCAGAUUUGAAAAGGCUGAAGACUUUUCAAAUGCAUUAGAAUAUUGGAAAUAGAACAAGAAGUAAUAUGCUUCAGUGUCCUCUUGGACAUUUUACCACAUCACAGAAUCAAAGGGUUUGGCAAAAGAUUACGGUGUCUAGUUAUGAAAGAGUCUGGAGCAAAGCGUCCAGGCUUAACUGAUCAGAGGGAAGGUUACACAGUGUACACAGAUUACUUAUGUCUGUGAAAAAAGGUUAGACUCUGGUGUACUCCUGCAUUUCUUUAUGCUAAACUCAACCACAGAUUAGAACGAGAACCCAACAUCAACAAAUCAUCUUGAAUGCAUUACUCUACUGCACCGAGCAGAAGUUGAAUCAAAGGAACUUGGCAUUAAGCUGCCCUAACAAUGCAACAAUAUCAACAAAAUACAUAAUGACACUUUUGACCGUUCUUGCCCACUAAAUAUUUACAACAGAAUCCUUCUGUUCAAAGGGAGACAUCAAGUAGUUCAAGGAUAUUGGCAACAUCUCUACAAUCCAUUGCAUGGCUGUUUGUUUAUUCUAAAGAUGUAGAUCGGGUUAGGCUGAGCCAGGGACCUCUGAAUGAAUAACCGGUAAAUGUGUGUUUUAUUUCUUUUUAUUGGCACAUGGGAUGGUAUCGUGUAAAUGACAUUGAUGUUUCAAGAAACAUUUGCAUGAAUUGAUGUACAUCAAUUCACCUUCGCAACCUUUUUGGGGAAAGAGAAUAUUCUCAACCCCAAAUGUGUGUUUUUUGUAAUGCAUGCUUUUGAGGCAUCCACAAUGAUAAAAGUGGGCAGUGCAUGGCUACAAGCUGCAUGUGGCCCUUGGAAGCCUUCCAUUGAAGCCCUCCUGCAGAUGCCCAAACCACUCGUGCUGCUGAAUUGUAUUGGGAAAGAUGGCAAACCAGGAGGGUCAUCCCUGAGUAUCUUCCUGCACAUGUAAAAUCACAUUAUCUAUAGUCUGCCAAACUGAUGUUUGCAGGCUGGAGGAGGGGACAUGAUUGUGUUGGUUCAGUGUGUGUGUGUAUGUGUAAACAAGUAUGCUUGUGAAUGUGAAUAUCUGUGUGGAAAUGACUGACUUUUGGGGGAGAUAAAAAAGAAACUUCCAAUAUCGUAAUGCCUUUUAACAGUGUGGCCACACUUGCAAAUUUUUAGACAGUUCUGGUUGCCAUACUGUUAUGUACUGAAGUUCUCACUCUGGGCCAGCAGGGGGAUACUGUAGAUAGUUAUGCAAAUGAAGGAUCGAAAGUGACGUUCAGUGAUUGGAUAGUUUUAGAAAGUUGUUACAGUAACAAGGUACUGGAGCUCUCAAUAAGCAGGCUGACUGAGCCUUUCAGCUCAGUUCAGUUCUGGCCUCAGAAUAAAGAAGAGCUGUUUGAAGAAUCGCUGUGUCGUCUGAUAUGUUCGCCCACGACUUAACACAUACAGUGGUACCUUGGGUUAAGUACUUAAUUCGUUCCGGAGGUCUGUUUUUAACCUGAAACUGUUCUCAACCUGAAGCACCACUUCUAAUGGGGCCCUAGGUAAUGGGGCCUCCCACUGCCACGUGCCACCGGAGCAUGAUUUCUGUUCUCAUCCUGAAGCAAAGUUCUUAACCCGAGGUGCUAUUUCUGGGUUAGCAGAGUCUGUAACUUGAAGCGCCUGUAACCUGAAGCGUAUGUAACCCAAGGUACCACUGUAUUUUGAAAAGGAUUUUGUAGAACUAGAAAAGGAGCAGAAAGGGAACUAAAAUAAAGGACAAACUUCCUAAGAGGGAAUAUUACAAUGUUUGGAGCUUUCUAGUUUAUAAGAAAGGGAUGUAAGGGGGAGUAUGAUAGAGAAGUAUAAUUGCACAUGGAGCAAAGAGAGAGUUUCUGUCCCAUUCCCACUGUACUAGUGAAGCUGAAUGUUGGGAGAUUCAGGACAGAGAAGAAUAAGUGCAUAGAUGUGGUGGUGGCCACCAAAUUAGACAGCUUUAGAAAGUGAUCGGACUUUGGUGGGGAGAAAAAACUAUCAACAUCUCCCUGGCAUGAUGGCUUUUUUUGUGCCUCCAGGAUCAGAGGCACUUGACUGAACACUUUUAAGAAUCUCCGCUUUCAUUUAAAAAAUAAAAUGCACCUCAAAAAAUGAAAAGUUAAGUUUGGGAGCAUAUAAGCAAUACCUGGUGAAUGUGGCUAUUUCCUGGUGAAACCUAAGAGGCUGCAGGCUGGGGGAUGACGAAGCACUUAGUAGGCUUUCCAGCACUUAGUGAGUAUGAGUAUAGCUUCAUUGCCCUAAAUAGCUCUUUACUGCUACCCAUGACCAGCAUGAGCGAAAUUAAUAAUUCAAACUAGAAAGCCCCAUGCAAAUUUGUUGGAUUUUCAUAAUUUAUAAGGUUGCAAAACUCUCAUUUUGUUAAGGUGGCCCUGCUUAUGGAUCAGUGUGGAACAUGGAAUAUAUGAGUCAAUCACUUAAGCUGCUGCUCAGGGGGCUGUCAUGCAAAGCAUAGCUGUUACUUUACAGCCUCAUCUAUUCAUGCUUUGUGGCAGUUCAGUGUAUUCUGGGGGGAAACUCUUAUAACGAAAUCCCGUGCAUGUCUGCAUAGAACUAAGCCUCCCUGAGUUCAGGGAGGCUUAUUCCCAGGUAAACACAUGGAUGAGGGAGAAAUCUGGCUUGGUUUGUAUUGAAUGUUCCUACCAAAUUUGCAGUUCCCGAAAUAAUAGGUGAACUGAAACACAGCUAUUUUUUGAAAUUUGCAGUGCUCUGAAUUUUGUGACACAAAAAAAUGGUGCAUUUAAAAAUCACAUAUUUGUGAAAAUAGCAUAAAACAGGAACAACAUUAGGGAUAAAUACUUUCAAAAUGUAUAUAUUAGGAGAAACACAUGGAAAUAAUGGUGAGUUUUAGUGAGGACUUUUAAAAAAAAAUGCAAACUGCUGUGUAAAUGUGAUGAACUGAUUUUAAUAUAAGAAAAAUGAUAAACAGAGAAGUCAGAAUAGAUAGAUAUACCCAUAUCUAGGUAGUUGUGCAGGACUGUACCUUUAAAGUUUUAGGACUCUUGUAUUGCCUAUAUACUUCCCCCUCUUCCCGCCUGCUCCCCAGAACAUCAUAAGCUUAUGUGAAACAUGAUAGGUAUUGCCAGAUAACAGAAUCAAAAGUGGUGUGGCAUAAAGAAUAUAAGGCAUGCACUGUUUAACACACAAUGGGCAACUGUUAUUAUAACAACACUAGAUUCAUUUUGCACAGAUACAGGAAUUCAGUUCCUUCUCAUUAAAUUUUUAUGAUUUCCCAGGGUAAAAAGGAACAGCUUUCACAUUUCAUUAUUCGUUUGUAAGUAUAUUCAACAUUGCAACCCACUUCAUCACUUAACAAUAACUGUGGGGGAACAGCCUAUUUUCAGAUGAACAAUGUAAAUCUAUGCUUCAGUCAGUGUUUUGGUCCAUUUUAGUUUAUGCUGUUGUUUGGUCUAAUGAAGAAAGAAUAAACCCACAAAAAGUCAGCGUGGCUAAAGAAGACAGAUUGUCAUCUGUUGGCACAAGAGGAACACACUCAGCUUGGUUACUACACUAGACAUAAAAUUCAUGAGCUAUGAAAGAUGCUGGCUCCUCAAUUCAUCAUUCGUUGGAGCCAGAGUAGUGUAGUGACUAGAGUUGGGUUUGCAAAACCCGCCAUCUAAUGUCCACUGAAGGCCAAAUUAUGUCUUACAUCUUCCUUCCUUCCUUCCUUCCUUCCUUUUCAUGCUUAAACUGAUAACUUGACAUUAAAGUGGUCACAGGCUUCCUAUUCCAGAAUGUGUUCUAGAUCAGAGGCUCAUGCUGAUUUCCUUCCAAAAAGUGCAAAUGGUACCUUCAGGGACAAAUAGUGGGUGGUUAUAAGUGACCAAUUUAAACAUACUUUAAAAAGAAUGUAACUUAUGUAUUGUAUAGCUUGGUUUUAGUCACUGAUAAGGGCAUAUUUAGAGAGAGAAAAGAUAAACAGAAAAAAGAUAGAAGAUAAAACUGCUAAUAUUGUUAAUGCCUUUAUAGUAGAUCUAUGGUGUGGUUGCACUUGGAAUGCUAUGUUUGGCACAUAAAAAAAAAAAAAAGAUAUUGUGGAUCUGAAAAAUAUGUAGUAAGGGGUAACCAAAAUGACUGGGAGGUGGAAUAAUUCCACACGAAGCAAGGUUUCAAAGUGAGGAACUCUUUGGGGGGAAAGGUAAAUAAUGGGGGAACAUGAUAAAUGUUUAUUGAAUUAAGCAUUACAUGGAAUGAGUCCCUGCCCCCCUCUUUCCUAAUACUAGGGUAAUCCAAUGGCACUGAAUAUCAGCUGUAAGCCACCCAGAGUGGUUGGGGAAACCCAGCCAGAUGGGCGGGGUAUAAAAUACUACUUCACACAGUGCAUAAUUAAAUUCAGUUAACAAAAAAUUGUUUCAGUUUAAUGUCUUGUGUUAAUGGUUUUCACCCAACCUCCAAAAUGCUGGGAAUAAGAGCCAUGCCCUUAACAGAUGAGUUAUUUAGGCAAUAUGGUAUGGCAUCCAGUGCUGUAGUUAGUUCAAGCGCCACCAGUAUCUUGGAGCUGGGUAGCUGUCAAUGGGAGAAGGAUAGACCUAAGUUCCAAAUUGGUCUGUUUACGACCAUAGAUGCACAGAAUAUUCAAGUAAGUUUUACUUAGAGUAGUUCCAUUUAAAAUAGUGGCCCAACUUAGUCAUGUUAAUUAAUUUCAGUAGGCCUAAUUUGAAUUAAACUUCAUGAAGACCGCUCUAGGCAACUAAAGCUAUCAUGUGGAACAUGUGCAGCGGAGGGUAACCAAGGGUCUGGAAACGAAGCCUGGGGAACAGUUGAGGGAGUUAGGUAUGCUUCACCUGGAGAAGAGAAGUCUGAGAGGUGAUAUGAAUGCCAUCUUCAAAUAUCUGAAGGGCUGCAACAUGGAAGAUGAAGCAGGCUUAUUUUCUGCUGCUCCAGAGGGUAGGACUCAAGCCAAUGGAUUCAAAUUACAAUAAAGGAGAUUCCAACUAAACAUUAGGAAGAAUUUUCAGACAGCAAGAGCUGUUCAGUGGUGGAACAGACUGCCUCAGAAGGUGGUAGACUCUCCUUCAUUGGAGGCUUUGAAAUAAGUUGGGCAGCUAUCUGUCAGGCUUUCUUUAGCUGUGAUUCCUGCAUUGCAGGGGCUUGAACUCAAUGGCCCUUGGGUUUUGUUCCAACUCUAAACUUCUAUGAUUCUAUGUAAGCAAUUCUGCAUUACAAGUACUCAUUUACUAGACAUUCCCCUUGACUUAUCACCAAGGACUGGCCAGCUGGUUACUGGGAUAGGAUGGGGGAUAGAGUGCUGGCAGCAAGUACGUGGUGAAGCAGGUGCCCCAGUGGGAGUAUCAGAUAGGCUCCGUCAGAAUAUACCUGUGCUGCCCAGACCAAGCUGUCACCCUCCUUUGCCCAAGUAAGCAGCAGCGAUGCUGAUGCUGAGAGGUUGGCUCCAUGCUGCUGCCCUGCAGGCUGCUCCUGCCUCUCACGACAAACCAUUUCCCCAAAUAUGCAUUACAUGUAGAGAAAUCUUCUUGGAAACUUCAACCUUGACAAAUUGUAAGGAGGUGGGAAAGCCGUCAAAAUGCUGAACUCACUUGUAAAAGAUUUAACUCAUUCAAGAUAAGCCAUUUUAAAAAAUCUAUUCUACUCCAGAUUCAACCUGGACCAUUCUCUCCUACACUGCCAAGUUUAAAGUUAAAGGGACCCCGACCAUUAAGUCUAGUUGCGGACGACUCUGGGUUGCGGCGCUCAUCUCGCUUUACUGGCCAAGGGAGCUGACGUUCAUCCACAGACAGUUUCCGGGUCAUGUGGCCAGCAUGACUAAGCUGCUUCUGGUGAACCAGAGCAGCGCACGGAAACACCGUUUACCUUCCCACCGGAGCGGUACCUAUUUAUCUACUUGCACUUUGACGUGCUUUUGAAGUGCUAGGUUGGCAGGAGCAGGGACCAAGCAAUGGGAGCUCACCCAGUCGCGGGGAUUCAAACCGCUGACCUUCUGAUCAACCUUCUGAUCAGCAAGUCCUAGACUCUGUGGUUUAGACCACAGCGCCAUCCGAGUGGCAAAGUUUACUGAGCAGUAAAUCAAGAUGUUGAGCUAUUUUACAACUAUAAGCCAUAAAGCCUAUUCUCUCACCUUGUUAUAUUGGCAGAAUGUGUUUCACCAGAUAUAGGGUCACAACUGUGAACCACUAAUUCACUACCCAUAAACACCAGAUGUGGCGAUGUCCACCAACUUGACUAGCAUGAGAAGGUAACUGGAUAAACCCAUGGUGGAUAGUUGUUGUUUUUUUAAGUGGCUGUAAUUCUAUUAUUCUGUGUACCCUCCAGGUUCAGAGGCCAGAUAAAGAAUGAACAUGUCCAUUGCUUCAUCGCAAAAUGGACAUGACAACAUCUAAUUGUUUUUUGCUUAUUUUUGUUUCUGUACUGCCUUACUGCUUUCUGCAUAGAGGCAACACUUUUAGUAAUGCCCCUUCACUUUCUAGUUCCUAUGUCUAGACUGAAAUUAUCCAUAAAGCAGUAUCAAUAUUGCAUAUUCUGCUUAUUAAGAGCUCUUCUUUGGCAUCCAAGAACUCUGAACGUUUUAAUGACUACAUCAGUGGCAUUGUUAUGUUGUACGUGCUUACUGUAAACCCAAAACAUGCUGGCUGAUGAAAAUCUCUCUAUUUUCACUUAAUUUCUGCCAGAUAAACAAAAUCUUCCUUAGAUAAUAGAGCUAUUAGACUGUAACAUUAUUCAGAUAAAGAUGUUAUACAUUCUCAAAACAUUUGUUUGCAGACUUUGCAGAGUCCUAGCAUUUUAUUUUAUUUUAAAUGGCAAGCUUCUUUUACUGAGCAAAAGCAAUAUAUUUUUAUGUAUUGGCUUUUUGUGAACUGUAAUCUAUACUGUGUAUCACAAUGACCUUUACAACUGCAACAUGAACAUAAAACUGGGUUUGCACUUUGUGGUUAUCUUUUGCUUUCUAAUAAGACUUCAGGAAAGCAAUUCUAUACUCCCUUUAUGUUGGGUACAGAGAUAUGCUGCUGCUGUGCUGGUGGAACGGCCACUGUAUUCAAUCCAUGCUCAGUCUAGGAAAGGGAGGGGGAAUGCACAAAACAGAAAAUACAAAAAUACACAGUAUAUAUUCCAACUCGUGAAAACCGAUACAUAAAAAUUAUUUAUUUACUGCAUUUAUUUCCUACCUUUUUCUCCAAGGAGCUCAAGCUGGGAUACAUGGUUCUUCUCAUUUAAUCCCUGUAAAAACCCUGUGAUGUAUGUUAGGCUGAGAAGAAAUGACUGGCCCAAGGACACCCAGUGAGCUUCAGGGGCAAGCAGGUAUUUGAACCAACUAACAGACUGUCAGGGACGGGCAGGCCGCUGACAAGUAUGUGCCGGGGGCAGGGUGACUGGAGUCUGACUCGGGAGAGGGGGGCAGUAGUUUGUGGAGACCUGUACCAGCCAGGAGGAAAUAAUCAGAGGCAUGGGAAGCUUCAGAGCUGGCAGGUGGAGCACAGGAUGUGUCAGAAGAAGAGGAAGAGGCAGGUCAGGCAAGGGAAGGGCCAUGCGCUUCCUAUCCUUUCCUGCACCACUGUCUCCCAGAACCAGGGUGGAAAUUGAAAAGGGAGGAGCAGAGGACGUUUUAGGCAGAUGCAGUCUCUGAUUGUGUGCACACAGUCUAUUGGGGGAAGGUACAGAAGCUGGUAGAGGGGGAGCGGUCCCCUGUUGCUGCAGCUGCUCCAUAGAGCACAGACCUGGGAAUAGCUGCCUAGCUAUUGGAUUGGUGUGCAGAGAUACCUAGAGCUGUAAAACCAACUGUAAGUGUUAUCUUUGACAAUAAAUGCCCAAGUGUCUGCCAUGUGCAUUCCUUGGCUGGGAAGCGCCCUUUACACAGCCAUAACCUCAGCAUCUCUGGCGGGGUCACCUUGGUGGAGUAUUUGUUGAGAAACUACAUCCAAUAAUGUCUCACUUCCAAGAGUGACCUGCUUCUCCUCUUUUUAUCAGUGCAACCUCCUUGGUCAGCCCAAACAAUCCGUGCAACCUCUUGUUGUCAGCCCAAACAAUAGUGGUGGUGAGAAGGAGUAGCAGUAGAUUUCACUGCCUGCUUCCUUCUUGGUUCUCUGCCUGGCAAGCUAGCAGGUACCGGCAAUGAUGAGGGAGAUGAGGGGCAGUGGGAGAAGGUAAAGGUAGUGAGGAGGUAGACUUAACUGAGGGGGUAUGUGGAGGCUGUCUCACCCAAGGGCUCUCAAAAACCUGGAGUCAGCCCUGUUUCUUUGAAACACUUUCAUCACUCACCAAUUAGAGCCUGUGCUGGAAACAUGAGGGAUCCAGUGUACUCACAAUGAUGGGACAUGCCUCCAAAUUCAAUAUGCAAGACAGUAUCAUAACACUUCCCAGGCCAUCAGGCUCAGCGGCACAGCUAGCAGUAGUCCUGCUACUGGCAGUCCCCAACCAUACCUGCUAUCAGGUGUCUAAAUAUCUUCAUAACUCAACAGUUUUUGAAGUGCAACAUAAAAAGGAGAGGAAGGAGAAGGCACACUGCAUGGUACCCAUCCACCUGGGUAGGGGGGAAACUCUUUUGCAGAAUAGCCAAGAGGAGAGGACAGAACAUGAAACAGGGCCAGCCACACAUAUAGCAACAACCUCUAGUGGCUUACUGCAUAGGGUUGAGAAGCAGGAGAUGGGGGCUUGAUCCCCAUCAGUGGAAGCAGUGAAGAUGUCGACUCACCAUUAGCGUGCCUCAAAAACAUGUUUUGUACAGGGCAGGAGAGAGGCCAUUUCUGGAAUUAAAAUCAACAUAGCUGUUUCCUAACCACUCAGUCAUAACAGCAGGUGCAUUGUGGGGCAACAAUGUGGGAGAGAGAGUGCUUUCUCUCCAGUGUCAGAAGAGGAGUUUUUCUCAGGACUGCAGUGAGACAGGAAAGGGUUAAAUCCACCCUCCAUGUAUGCUGAAUGCUCUGGUCCCACAUACAAUUUCACACAUCCAUACAUGCAUGCAUUCACACACGCACAUGCACACACACACAAAACACAUCACACAGAUAGGUAGGUAUAGAUAAAAAUAUAGAUGAUGUAUAGUUUCUCCCUAAGUCCCUGACAGAACUGGUAUGGUGUCUUAGGAGCAGCCUAUUGACACAUGCACUCUGUUUCCAUACCCUGCUGAUGGGUCCUUUCUCUCCAUCUGAAAAUGACUAGCACUGCAGCUUUGAACAUUUUGCAGUAGUUACCAUUAUAUUGAAGGUAAUGGGCUUAUUUCUACUGCUGUAUAUCUAUUGAUUUACUUUCAUGUGCUGCAUUCAUCACCAUGUUAUCUGAGUUCUUUGCAAUGUUUUCUCUUGGCUCCUAAUUCUGCAAAUGAUUUUGUCUAUGCAUCACUUCCUAAAUGCUGCGUUAACUGUUUGUAUAUUAAGCCCACAAGUGCUGUGGAACUGGCUUCGAGCAUUAUGGUCCUGACUGUGUCCCCAGGCCAGUACCAGGGAUGAUCCAUUGGCUCAGUGGAGACUACUGAAGCAGUGGCAGACCUUGGAGUCUCAAAUUUCAGCAGCUCCCUGUGCAAAGCCAAAAUUAGUCACCCCCACCUCUCGCCUUCCAUUUUACAUCAUAGUUGCAGCACUCCUGAAGUGCCCCCGAGGCUCCACAUCAGUGUGACUGAACCAGUUUUGCUCCCUUAAAUCUACUUCUGACUGAACUGAGGUAUGAACCAAAUUUGAUAGCACAGGACAUGCCACUAUAGAUACUGUGUUAGUUCUCGCAUUGAGAGAAAUUUGUUAUAUAACUGCUGCACUUGCUGCUUCCAUGCAACUUGCAGAUUUAAAAUGAUUAUUAUGUAAUAUAUCUCAAGUGCUUCUUUACCAUGAGCUCUGUGGACACAGAUUGUUCUAUUUUUAUACAAUAAAAAGGCAAACGUGAUAAAGAUCACAAACGACUUUCAGAAUUAAAAGUUGGGCUAUUUCUGAAUCAAAGAUUGUGAAAGGAUGACACAUAUAAUGCAGGCUGUACACCCACUAGCCAGUUUGUAGUACAAAAAUGCAGUUUUGCUCAAUAUUCAUGCCCUUCGUCAACAUUUCAAUUCAAAUUGGGCAGGCCACAAGUGGUGCCCAUUGUAUGCCUCGCUCUUCCCAGACCUGCUCUCUUUUGGCCCGUAUUUUGGAGCUUUAUAAUUUAGGAAGACUUUGGAAGAACUGGUUGACAAGUCUUAUCAGUCGCUGACGUAUGAGUGGAUUUUAUUUUCUGCUAUUCUGGGCUUCUGGUGCACUAGGGUUUACACCAGCGUAAUAGAGUUGGUCAGGAUGCUAGAAGGGAUACAAUUUACGAGCUCUCUCCAUUAUCUGCACAGCAGGGGGUGUUCAGUCAACAGUGCAAAGGCUGAGCUGAAGCAUUCCCUGCUGGUUAACUGCUUUCAGCAAUAGGGGUCGCUCUUUGGUAGAACCCAAUUGGUUAGCUGUCAGAUUCUAGAGCUCCCUAUUGGUGGCUCUUAGGUAAUUCACAAAAUACAGAGUCCAUUCAUAAAACACAGUGUUGAUUCAUAAAGCAGUAACAUAAAUCUCCAUUGCUAUAUAUUGGGUGUAUAUUUCAGCAAUUGAACGUACAGGUUUAUGGCCAUGCUGUAGUAUAGUGCUUAUGUGACUGUGAAUAAAAGGUGACUGGGCUCAUUGUUUUGUGGUUUGGGGGGGGAAGAGAUGACAAAACUGAUUUCCAAUAAGUGCCCCCCCCCUUAUUUCUAUAACAAGUCCUUGAGUCUGUACUCUGAAUAGUGACACCAGGUGCAGAAGGUGCAGGGCUUGUCAGUCCAACCCCUGCAUAGUCUCAUCAGGGCUGACCUUAAGGCAAUUGGAGCAAUUUGGCCAAAUUGGGCCCCACGUGCCACUCCUAACGGGGCCCCUGCACCAGGGCAAUCUAGAUGGAUUUUAUUUAUAUCUAUAACAUUUUGCAGACUUUGGCUGUGAUCUGGGGCCCUACAAAAGAAAAAUUUAAGUUGCGCCCCAGUGCUUCAAAUUGGGCCCCACUGGCCAGCCCUGAGUCUCAUAGUUGCUGGGCCUGAGUUGCCCUGCCCUUGCAUGAAGUCUUGGGUUUGCAAUUUUGAGAGAGGGAAGACUGCCCACUGGGGAGCAGACGGGCUGGCGAGGCACCCUAGAUUUAGAGGCCCUCAGUUUCAGCCUACUUAGCCUAUACAUAAACCCGGCACUGGGUCAAGGCGGCGGCCGUCCCUCCGCCACCGCCAUCACUGCAGCAUCAACAUCCCGAACGUGUACUGUAGUAUUUAUUUAUUUAUUUAGCUGCCACCCCCCGGCCGGCCAGAUUGGUUGACCCAAGGAGUGAUGCAGCCAGGGACUCCCUAAUGGCAUGGGGGCUAGCCACACACCCCGCGCAGAGGGGAGAGCUUGUGACGAGCCUGCAAAAAGGAAAUGGCUUUGGUGGGCAGGCGCUUGGGGGCCACAAGAGACUGCUUUUUCAAAAUUGGCUGGGGGGCCAUUUGAAACCAUCCCGGGGGCUGCAAAUGGCCCCCGGGCUGGACUUUGAACCUGCCUGGUAUAUACCCACCCACAGUGUCACUGGGCAGGUGUGGAUACAACCCCCAUUACUGUGACCACUUAAAUCUGUUUUUCAAUGAAUACACUGUGAGGUGAUGCAGGAUCAAUCUGCAAUUAGCUUUUAUUUUCAGAAUGAAACCAGUUUCUCAAGAAGUGUUUUUCAGGGACAAAAAAUAUGUAAUAGAUCUAGAUUUUGUAUGGACUACAAUCUAGAAAAACAAGUACUCAGUUUCCAUUGAUUCAAGGAUAAAAUGUCAUUUGUAUGUAACCACUAUUCAAAAAUAACAUCGCUGAGUUCAAUAGGAGUUUAUUUGAGGUGUAUAGAACUGCAGUUGUAAAAUCAUGCAAAUAAAAUAUGUGUAGUUAUAAAUAUUAAUUUUAUGCAAAUUGAACAUACCUAAGAGGAAUCCUUGAUUUGGUGUGUGUAUGUGUGUUUGAAUAUUUCUCAUCAGUAUGCACUUAUAUCUUAUUAAACCAUAAUGAGUAUGAGAACAGCUUGUUUUGUAUACUCCUGUAUUGUACAAUUAAUGCCAGUUAUUAUUUUUCCUAAGUUUGAGCAUGGCAUUCUUAAGGCAUCUGCUAAAUUAAAAGCAAAUUGAACUGCAUUUAAUUUUUAUUACAAUGCCACCACUCAUUUCUCCUCCUCCUCUUCCUAAUAUAAAUUUCAUUUCCCUUCCUCUUAAAAGCAGUUUUUAGUAGGCUGCAUUCUGUAAAUUUGUUGCCUCUCCAAGAUGCGGCUAAAAGUAGAAAACAGCUUUGUGUGUAUAAUAAUAAACUAAAAGUUUUCUACAGUAGUGUUCAACGAUUUAUUCCAGGCAAUUAAUGUGCACAUGGCAUUAGAACAGUAAUUGCUUUACAAACCAGUAUAUUUGGCUGCUGAGAAACACAGCUUUUACCUAGCUCCAAGUAUUUAUGACAUUUUUAAUUUUAAAAGGGUCACAUUUAACAGCAGCAUACAAGAAACACAUUUAAAAAAUGAAAUGUUUGAAGAAUGUUAUAUGAUUUAUAUAUGUGCAUAAUUCCAUAGAAAUACAAGAAUUAAAUUAUUUCAUGACAGAAAUGUCCCAGCUUAAAAUAUGGUUGUCCAUGUGAUAGUCAUAUUUCAUAAGACAAUUCAUAAAACCAGAUCUGAAAUUGCAGCUCAUCAUGAGCAAUUAGCAUACAGGCUUGUCUUUGGUUAGUCAAGUGUCUGUGGAAUUGUUCACAAAUGUAUGUUCGUCAUCUCAUGAGCUGUAUACAUAUGAAAGAACUAUCACAGAUCAAAUACCACAGUUAGGAUACUCCAAUUGUCCAGUAGCACAUCAUGUGCAAUAUGCACAUUUGACUGCUAGAAAUUGGGAUGAAAAGGUAUGGGCUUGUUUCCCAAGGUAAUGCAAACAGAAAGUCUCACACAAUUGGGAAUUUUGGCCUGCCAUUCCUCACUAUAGUUUCUCUGAAAGUGUCUCCUGGGAUCCAAGGAAUCUUCAAGAAAGGCCUGGUAUAGGGACAAGUGGCAGAGGAGAGGGGUGGUGCAAUGGAAUGGAAGCAUUGGAGGAGGACGGUCGUGUGAACUUGAGUUGCACUGAUAAAUUCACCUCCACUUGAUCUUUGGCAAUCCUGCCCUCCCAGUGCAGUUCUCCCAUAAUGGAAAAUACUUCUUUCUAUUCCAAAAACAGCUGGCUGCAGAGACGGAUAAUUGGGUCAUUUCAGCUCUAUAGAUUUUUGUUUUGUUUGUUCUAAUUUGCUCUUUGGUUGCUUCGGUUUAAUCAAUUUUUGUCUUCUUGUAUUUUGUUACAUUUAUAUUUGGGCUUAAAUUGUAUUUCUGGGUUGUGUAUGAAUUAGUUUUUAGUCACACUUUUGUACACAAUCCUAGAAUUUUUCGAUGAAGGCUGGUUAAUAUGAACAAAAAAAUAUAAAUGUACAUUAUGGAGAGAAGGUCUAAAGCUCUGCACCUAUACAGUGACACUGGUCCAUGUCCCUUCCAAUCUACUAUUAGCUGAGGUGGGGAUACUGAAAUCUUGAGGCUGUGGUCCUAAAGUGGGGGGGGGGGACGGACCACAAGUAGUUAACUGCCGCCACCCAACACUUGCAGCAUGAGGUCAGAAAUAAAGUCAGAGGAGCCUUCUUGCACUCCUCUGUGCUUUAACUUAGUGUGUGUGUGUGUGUGUGUGUUAGCUCCUGAGAGUUAUGGCAGUUCUUCCCAGUUUGCAAAUGUGUGUGUAUUUUUGUGUAUGGAGGUGCGGGGGGUGAGUAGCAGAGAAGGCUAUGGAUCUUUUCCAGUCCAAUCCCAGCAUUCCCCCAAAUGGUCCCUGGCAGACCUCCUUUUUGGCCUUAUAUUGGAGCUCCGACAUCAGCAGGACCACAGGCAUUGCCACAGUGGUAGAAAGGAGAAGCCAUCAUUGGAUCCGCCUCCUCCAGUGCUGGAGUGGGAGAUCAGAUAUACCUGAUCUGACAGCUUCUGAGACACCCUCCCAGGGACCAUAGGUUUGCUACCAUGAUAGUGGAGAAGUGGGAAUAUGACAACUGAUCUCCCCUCCUAAUGUCUGGAAAAGGGUUCUGAUGUAUGCUGAGCCCCCUGGCAUGUCCUCUCAGAGGGCAUAAUAAUUCCCUCAUGACUCAUAGCAGCUUAGUGUUGGGGUGUGUACUAGGUCACAGCACUGGGGGCAAGAAGAUAGUGUCCCAUUCCCUAAUGCUGUGUUCUGAUCCCACUAACACCUUGUGUCUGUUAGUUGCUGUAUAAAAAGAUGUGUGGGGCUCCAACCACAGAAUGUAUGCGUUUUGUGUGUAGUUUGACCCUUAAUUAAUGCUGGAGUAGAAAACAAGUCUUGUGGAGAUCUAUUAUCAGCACUCAUUCAAAGCUGGUAACAUGGUAUCAGCAUCUAUGUCCUGAUUUUUUAGUAAGUAACACAGAUUAAAUGUGCACUACUCAUGUUUUAGUUCAGCAUUGGUGCUCAGUACAUGCAAUUGCAGACAAUGCCAAAGUUCUGUUACAGCAAACUAGCUACGUAAGACAGUUUAUUUUGGGAAAUAUCCAUGCUUUUCUUUUUCAGUGUUAUAGUUCAGAUAAGUCUGGGAACCACUUCUUGCUCCGAGGAUUAUGUAAUUUCAUGCAAUAUUGGAUAGAAUAAUAUUUACUUCAUUUACUUUAUUUCCUAAGAAUCUGAAAAACAAACUCACACUGAAGUCAGUGGGUGUUAAAUAUAUUAUGUAUGCUAUUUCUUGGGAAGCAGCCCUCAGAUCUGAAAUGUAUUUUUAAAAGGAAAAAGAAACAAAAAGUUGCUUAAACAUGGUCCAUCAGAAAAUGAACUGAAGAUGGGUUUGUUAAAGGGAGAGGAAAAUGUCAUUUAUAAGCACUUUAAAAAUUACAUUUAUAUCCCACCUCUCUUUCAAGGAACUCAAGGGGCCAGACACUUUAUCCUCGCAACAACCCUGUGAGGUAUGUUAGCCUGAGAGACAGAGACUGACCCAUGGUCACCUGGUGAACUUUAUCGCUGAGUGGGAAUUUGAAAACAAGUCUCUCAGGUCCUAGCCCAACACUCUGACAAAGGCUUUUCAGUCAUGGCAUCUAAACUGUGAAAUUUCUUACAUGAGAAGCCCAUCCAGCCUCAUCGCUAUUUGUUUUUGGUGAGCAGACCAUUUCAGCGGCCAUUUGGGCUGCCUAUUAUUUGAUUUGGGAUUCUGCUGCUCCUUCAUGAUUUUAAAACAUGUGCUUUGGGUUAUGAAAGGGCAGCAAAUUGUUAAUUUUAAAAUGUUUUAAUGCUGUGGGGGUUUUCUGCUGGGAAUCUGAGGUGAGAUACCCAGUCAGUGGAAGUUGCCCCCAGUUCCAAUCACCACACAGAGGCACCUUAAGGUCCAAAUAGUUAACUGUUGCAGAAGAAAAGGCUUCAGUAAAACAGUUCCAGAUGGAGAUGCAUACAUAUUGGCCUUUGUAGAUACAGAUAUUUACAAGUACAAAGUUUCUCAGUUGCUCCAGCAAUUCAAGAUGCAACACAGACUCUGAUUCACAGACUCCGGACACUUCCAGACAGAUUCAGUAACUCCAGGACAGACUGACAUGGCUUAAUCACUUAUAUAGUCAGCACUGGGCUGUUGCCAUAGCAACUGGUUUGGCUGACCAUGUGCCUAUUGGCUUAGAAUCAUCCAUGGGAUGAUUUAUCCUCAUGAGCGAAAUUAACCCCUACCCCAUGUCCAGUUGCUGCAACAUUUUCUAACCAUUUUCUAGCCCUAAAUACCAAUAUAAUCUGGCAGCCUUGGGUACUAAAUACAUUGAUUUUGGGAAGGCACCAUUUGCUCUUCAACCUGAAAACGUAUUGGGCAGGCUCUGGCCUCAUCUCACAAACCAGGACUCUGGCUCAAAUCAAAACAUACAUUGCUUUCAAUUGAGUAGGCAGGUAGCAUUUUGAGCUCAUUUAUUUCUUCAGUAUUUCACGUGUAUUUUUAAGGCUUAUUUUCAACCGAUAGUGACUUUUUUCAUUCAUGCCCUGUGAAGAUAACUAGAAAUGAAAACAACAACAACAAAAACCCCUAAAUGGAUUCCAGAUGUCACCCAAUAAUGAAACUGGAAAUGUGGGGUAUCUGGCGGGUGGUUUUCGGAGAUGGUAAGAACUGAGAUAGAAACUGUGACUGAUGCUGAUCAGUUUAUUUUUUUUUUUAAAUAAUUUUUAUAAAAGUUUUAAACAAAGAAAAAAGAAAAAACAACACACACAGAAAAACAAUACAAAAUUUAACAAUAAAAACACAAAACAUAACAAUUAAAAACAAACUCUCUUUCCAUUCCCAAUUUUAAAUUACUUAUUUUCUGGACUUCCUCAUACCUCCCUCUUUUGUAUUCCAAUCUACAUUAUUUGUCCAGCAGUUUCUUUUCCACUUUUUUUAAACCCAAUCUUUAAUUUAAUAAAAUAUUAAAAUAUAUAACUUCAACUUUUUUAAACCUAAUCCUUGUUCUUAAUGUCAUAUACCUUUAAAUUUUUCCCUUUAUUAUCAAAUUUCCAUUUCUUUAAACAUCUUUAAUCUUGAUCUUAAAUCUUAAUCUAUCCUUAACUUUAACCUGUACAGCUGGAAACCACUUAUUUUCAAUCCAACAUCACUCUAACAUUCCUUAAUUUUGCAGUGUUUCUGAAGAUAGUCUUUGAAUUUCUUCCAGUCUUCCUCCAUCGACUCUUCUCCCGGGUCACGGAUUCUGCCAGUCAUUUCCGCCAAUUCCAUAUAGUCCAUAAGUUUCAUCUGCCAUUCCUCCAGCGUGGGAAGUUCUUGUGUCUUCCAAUACUUUGCGAUGAGUAUUCUUGCUGCUGUUGUUGCAUACAUACUGAUGCUGAUCAGUUUAACAAGUUUGUGGAAAGGAAUCACAACUCCAAUUUCCUCAGGAAUCUAUACAUUCUCCCAGACGCUGGAACAAAUCAAACCUGAUUUUGCCAGCCUAGUGCCCUCCAGCUGUUUUGGACUACAACUCCCAUCAACUGCUAGCCAGCACAACUGCCUGGGGGCUGGUGUGAGUUGCUGAAAACCUCAAUAUGGCAAAAGCUCACUAUCUAAGGAAAUAUUUCUCCAUCUCCCCACUCCUCUCUAUGUUACCCCCUCCUUGGUUGGAAUACCCUUUUUUCUUUCAAGUGCUUUGCUGUUCUUCUAUUAGUUCCCUUUAGCUUUUUGUCCUCUUUCCCACAGAGUUUUUAAUAACGCUUGUUUGACUAUGGAUUUGAAUGCUAUUUAUUUCAUUGUAUAACUGGAAUGAUGGAAGCAUAUAAAAGCUAUAUUAUUAGGGCAGCUUGUAGAUGUGCUUCUGGCUGUAGAUUGCUUCUGCCCUGAAUUCUCUUCCAUUCAUAUACAGAUUUGUGGAGUACACACCACAGCAGUCUGUGAGAAGAUUACUUCUCUACCAUGAAAACAGCUGGCUUUUAUUUCAUGUGGGAGGAAAAGGUCUUUGCACUGGACUCGGGAGCAUGAUCAGGGCCUCUGCACUAAUUAUAUUUUUCUCCUCUUUGUUGUGCUUUGCAAGGGCAAGGAUGACAUGAGGAUCAGAGCUGUGGGAAAGAGGAGGAGGCUUAUCCUCGCGACAUCCUGUAAGUAACUACAAUAUAUGAUCAUUUGCUCCUUCACUUAUUAGAAAUAGAAAACUACAUGCAGGACACAGGACCUUCCCUGGGUCUCUUUCCCCUAAUUUGUGACUUGAGAAUGAAUUCUGAAGUUGCAGCACCAGCACUGUUUAUUUUCAUGCCUUUAUCACUGUUGAUACAAAACUUAUCAGAUUAGUUAAAUACAUUACAGUAGUCUCAUUCUGGUCAAAUACAUACGCAAACCCCUGAACUGCUGUGUUGGAGGUGUCCCUCUGCCUAGUCUUGCUGGCCUCUGCAGGCCUCUACUGUCAGGCGAGCUCCACUGUUGAUGGAAAAACUUUGCUAUUGGUAGGCGAUCUCACUUACAAGAACCAAUCCAAUAUGCUCAUCCAAAUGACAAAUGGAAGCUGCCAGCAGCUGCAGCCAACAGAAAGCUCUCAAACAGGGUGUUUUGGGGGUGGGCAGGGCAGGGCACAUCAUUUAUAGCAUUCUAGAAGAAAAGCACCAGAGUGACAGUAAAGAAAUAUAGCAUCCCUAUCUGCCAUAGUCCAUUGGCCUGCUACAUAUCAUACAAAUUACAUCUCACAUGUAAUGUGCUUAUGGCUUCCCAAUGCAUAAUACAUUAGAUCCUUGAUACGUUUUGGGGCCAAAUAGAUCCAGAAUGAGUAAGACACACAACUGUGGAUAAAAGUCACAUUAACAGCUCCAUCUGAAAAGUCAUUUUUCACUUCCUUUGGUGGGAAAAGGUCCAAUCAAUGUAAUCUGUGCAAGUCUUUUUGUAUAGCAUUUGAAAAUAAGAUGGUGAGGUUUGCAAUUCAAGAGGUGCUGGUAAAGUCACAAGGAUGAAAACUGUGGGUGCUGGGUAUGUGUGGAAAGAGCAGGAAGUUGUUAUCAUUGUGAUUGUGUGAUAUGCUGUAGGUCAGGGUUGAGGAACCCUUUUCAGCCCAAACGUUAUAUUCCCACAUGUCAGUGGUGGGCGGGGCCAGAGGCAAAAGUGGGUGGAGCAACAUUUAAAACCCACCUUGCUACAAUAGGCUGGUUUCUACACCAGCCUAUUGUAUUUUAAUAUUUUGUUGGAAGCCGCCCAGAGUGGCUGGGGAAACCCAGCCAGAUGGGCAGGGUGUGUGUGUGUGUGUGUGUGUGUGUGUGUGUAUAAAUAGAUUAUUAUUACACACACUGCUUUCUGUCCAUCUAGGCAAGCAAGGGCAUUACCGGAGUUCUACCCAGGCAAAAUCUUUGGGGGCAUGAAGCAGGACCAGUGAAUGGUGUGGCCUGGGGAGAACUCUUACAGCCUGACGGAGAGGUCUGGGAGGCUAUAUUCAGUCUCUGGGUCUGAGGUUGAAGAUAAAUGCCCAGAUGUAAUCAUACACAGAAUAAUAAUAAGAGGAGAAAAGCUACUCCUCUUCUGUAGGUAAGACCUAUUACAUUUAUGUACCUUGUACAGAUAUUUAGUAGCACAGAGAUUUCUUAUAGCACAGAGACUUAUUCUAUCGUUGUUUAUUUGAAUUAAUACCCUACAUCUAGAGUGCCUCGAGGCAUGAGUGAUUAAUUGAAAAUAGCCAUAGCUGUACAAGUACCACAUGUAUUGGAGGUACUUCAGCUUUGCUGAAUUUGGGGAGGAAAUGCCAUUUCUGUCUCCACUCAGAAUUUGAUGUAUGUGAACUUAAUUCACUUUAUUAUGGUUUCAUAUGAUGAAAAUAUGUUUUCGUUGUACUAUGUCAAAGAACCAAUGUCUUGUUUGCAUCAGAGUUUCUUUCUGAUUCAUAAAACCAGAUAUGUUUUGUUGGUUGCAGCUGCAAUCCUACACAUCCUUAACUGGGAGUAAGUCCUGCUGAACUCAGUGGGACUUACUUUGGAGUAGACACUUCCAGGAUUGCAGUGCUACAUUGUAAACUGAAACACACUGGGCUGUAAACUCCCUUGAAUACAUUGGAACUUGCUUAUGAAAAAAAAAUCUAUUCAUUUAUUGGUAAUAGCUUCCAACCACACUGCCCAUCCCUAAUCCUCACUCCUGGAUUCUUACUUUAAGCCACCAGGGACUUGAACAGGUCGCUUCCCUCUCUUUUCCUGCCCUCCAGUUUUCCCUUUUUUUCAGAGACAGAAGAGGGGCAGCUGUUUUCGGCUGACACAUGAAUAUUCUGUGUCUCCUACUGCUCCCAACUGUUUAUUUAACAGUCUGUCCCUAUAGAUGUUGUUGGGCUCCAGCUUCCAUAAGUCCCCAGCCAUCAUGACCAAAGUUAGGAAUAAUGACACCAUUGCUUUAGGAAACCUCCUCUCCCUGUGUCAUAGCUGUCAACUUACAGAUUUGAAAAUAAGGGACCAGCUGCCUCGAAAAUAAGGGAUCAGCAGCCAAAAUAAGGGAUUUUCCCAGCACAGGUAUGUUCAACUUCUGAGCCCCUCCAAGCCAAAGGCAGAAAGCCCAGCCAGCAGCCAAACGAAGCCUCAAGCGGUGGUUCGCACAGCGUAGCAACCCGGCAAAGGGGAUGCAGCAAGGAAAACCACCGUCACCUCUCCGCUGGGAAGCGCUGAGCAAAGGCGAGUCCCCAGGCAACGCGGCCGAUUUGAUCGGCACAAGGCAUGCAAGCUCCACCCCCAGUCGUUCUUAGAUUCCUUAUUGGGUGAGCAACGCAGCCAAGCAACACAGUUGGAGCCUCCCUCCUCCCUGGCCGGCAGGGAGGGAGGGAGAGGAGCUGCUUCCUUUGAAACCCGGGAAAUUUAAGGGACAUCAUCAAUAAGGGACAGCAGUGGGACACGGCGCUGGGAUAAGGGACUUUCCCGCCAAAUAAGGGACAGUUGACAGCUAUUCCCUGUGUCACCAGUCUGUGCAUUCAACAGCCAUCAACCUUCUGUAAAUUUACAGGUUCUUGUAAAGCAGUUCUUGCCAUUAAAAAACCCCCACACAUUUUCUUUUAAAUUACACACUUUGUACCAUGGAUAGGAAAUCUUAGGCCCUCCAGAUGUUGCUGAUCUCCAACUCUCUCCAGCUCAAGCGUGCAAGUCCAAUGGUCAGGGAUGACGGGAAUUGUUCAGAAACAUCCAGAGGGAAAAGGUUCCCCAUACAUUCUUUAUAUUUCAACAUAUUCAAUGAGUUCCCAAGUAUGUAGAAACCAUUCCCUUGUUUUUUGGUGCAGACUCCUCACUUCCAAAUGGAUCGGCAGCACUUAACUGCUCAAGUUCGCUGCUAGACAGAGUGAGGAUCUGUGAACCUACAUGAAAGUAUUCCUGCCAAGAAGUGAAAGAACAUGUAAAUGAUUGGCUGCAUUACUUUCAGAUUAAUGAAAUGUUUAGAAAAGAGGUUGCAGAAAGAGGCUAUUUUGAAAAAGAAUCUAGGUUUCAACGAGAAGUAUUGAAUAAUGAAGUUAAAAAUUUAUCUAUGAUGUAUAAAUUAUUAUUAGAAUGGCAUUUGAAGGAUGAAGAGGUUAAAUCAGUUAUGAUUCAAUGGGCCAAAGAUUUUGGACAUAACAUUCAAUUUGAUGAUUGGAUAAAAUUAUGGAAGGAAGGGAUGAGAUUUACAGCAUGCACCACAAUUAAAGAAAAUGUUAUGAAAAUGAUAUAUCGAUGGUAUAUAACACCAGUCAAAUUAAGUAAGAUGUAUAAGGUGAGUAAUAAAUGUUGGAAAUGUAAGGAGAAAGAAGGGACAUUUUAUCAUAUGUGGUGGGAAUGUAAAAAUGAAGUGCUUCUGGGAAAUGAUAUAUAAUGAGAUAAAGAAAAUAUUGAAAUAUACAUUUCUUAAAAACCAGAAGCAUUCCUAUUAGGAAUUUUAGGUGGUGAGAUAAAAAGGAAGGACCAGAAAGUAUUUUUGUAUGCAGUAACAGCAGCUAGAACUCUGGUGGCCCAGAAAUGGAAACAAGAAGAAAUGCCCACGAUUGAAGAAUGGAGAACGAAAUUACUGGAUUAUGCAGAACUGGACAGACUAACAGGGGUAUUCGCAACCGACGGGACCAAAGAUUCACUGAGGACUGGAAUAAAUUUACAGAAUAUAUUAAAAAUAUUUGUGAUAAUGAUAUAACGUUUGUAAGUUUCCAAGAAGCUCUGUAAGAAGGUUUGGUAGAAAUAUUGUUUAAAUAAUAUGGUAAAAUAAGAUAUACAUAGUCCAAUAUAAAUGAAGAAAUGUGAAGAUAUGUAAUAACUACGGAAAAUUAUCAGACAUGUUGAUGGAAGUCCAAAAGAAAAAAGAUGUGUGAUGAAUUCUUAAUGUUUAAUUGUGUUAUAAAUUUGUUUUUAUUGGAAAAUUAAUAAAAAUUAUAUACAAAAAAGAAGAAGAAAGUAUUCCUGCCAAAAGUCAGUAAAUAAAUAUUGUAUUAAAAAAUCAGUGUAAAUACACUAAUGAUUAUUCUCAAUGAAGAAAGUAAAUGAAGUUAAGGAGGCAGUGUACAGUGUUUGCAUAGAUUUCUUAGCUUUACUAGGGCUGUGUUAGUCAUCAGUACCUUUGCAUACAAGCUGUAAAAAUUAGAAGCAGAAGUCCUCCACCCCUUUUGAACUAUGUGGUCAUUUUAUAAAAAUUAAUAUGAAGCUAUGUACUGUAAUUAAAACCUUUUAUUGACCGCCUCUUCUGCUAAAGUAUGCCCAAAGGAGGAGGAUAGGAAUGUAAAAUGAUAACACAGACUGGACAAAGAAAGUGUCUCUGAAAGAGGACAGAGGAAAUAUUAAAGUCUGCUGUUAGGCUGUGUGUGUGUGUUUAUUAAAAGUAGUUCUGUAAUACUGUCACAUUUUUCUACCUGAACUCAUAUUCUGGUGAGAAGUUGUCAUCACUAUUAAUCAUUUUGCGUGCUUGGUUUCUGAACACCAGCAAAUUCCCAGUUUGAACAAUGUGCCUUUGGUGUUUUUAUCCUAGGCCAAGUCUAAAGUCAAAUAAUAUAUAAGCUGUUCCAAAUCUACAGAACUAAGACAUUUUCUGUGUAAGCCUUUGUGUGUUUUUUUAUUCUGAUGUCAUGGGUGGUUGGUCCCAAUAUACAAAAUGUUUAAUUAACUGAGUCAGAUGAGAAUUUUGUGUGUGUGCUUUUUCUCACAACUUUAAUAACUAUUAUAGUCAGCCUCUUAUUUAACCCCUUUGUUUCAGAAACUAA